CCCAGCCUUGCCUCGGGUGGAGGGAUCGUACAGAGGGAAACAAAACUGCACAAACUGUGUAGUUUUGUUUUAUCAGGAGGAAGGGGUUUGGAGGCUCGACUGUUCUCACCUUUGGAUUUUUGUGGAAAGCGUUUCAGGAUAAGGAGCCAGUUUCCUGUCUGAGACACCAGGGCUCGUCCCAUCAGUCUGAGGCACCUUUGUGGAGACAAGGUGCCGACCAACAUGUCCACACAGGCGCCGACGUUCACGCAGCCGCUGCAGAGCGUCGUGGCACUAGAGGGUAGUGCCGCGACGUUCGAGGCUCAAGUUAGCGGUUCUCCAGUUACCGAGGUGAGCUGGUUCCGUGAUGGCCAGGUUCUUACCGCUGCGGCUUUGCCCGGCAUUCAGAUCUCGUUCAGCGACGGCCGUGCUGUUCUGAGGAUCCCCGCUGUGACCGCCGCACACAGUGGGAGAUUCUCAGUCAGAGCAACCAACGGCGCUGGACAAGCCACGAGCACCGCUGAACUCCUUGUUACAGCGGAGACGGCGCCCCCCAGCUUCCUGCAGAGGCUGCAGAGCUCCACGGUACGGCAGGGCAGCCAGGUGAAGUUGGACGUCCGCGUCUCCGGCAUCCCGAUCCCCGUGGUGAAGUUCUACAGAGAGGGAGCCGAGAUCCAGAGCUCGGCCGACUUCAGGAUCCUCCAGGAGGGAGACCUGCACAGUCUGCUGAUCGCUGAGGCUUUCCCAGAGGAUUCUGGGACGUAUUCUGUGACCGCCACCAACAGCAGCGGACGGGCCACCUCCACAUCCGAACUGCUGGUUCAGGGUGAAGAAGCCAUUCCAGCAAAGAAAACCAAAACAAUGAUUUCAACCUCUCAGAUUUCACAGAGCCGUCAGACCCGAGUGGAGAAGAGGAUGGAGGCCAGUUUCCAGGCAACCGCCAUGAUGGAGAUGCAUGUGGAGGGCGGUGAGCUGGCUCAGCAGCUGGCUCACAAGACUCCGCCCAGAGUUCCUCCCAAACCCGCGUCCAAGUCUCCAACUCAGUCCUCGCUGGUCGCCAAGGUGACCGGAGGACGCCAUCAGUCGUCGUCACCUGUCAGACACGUGAAGGCGCCCACGCCCACGCCUGUCAGGACUGCCUCUCCCACUUCAAGACUCUCAGUCUCCCCCAUCAGGCCGGUGAAGUCCCCCAUCAGUUCACGCAAGCUGGCGGCCGCCGGCGUCGACGUCCUGCCGCCCUGGAAGCAGGGAGAGGCCGACUACGCCAGCAUGACCUGUAUGACCAGCAUGACCAGCAUGACCAGUAUGAGCAGUAUGAGCAGUAUAAGCAGCAGCACCGUCACCCAGCUGGGCCAGGAGCAGCUCUGGGAGCAGCAGGUCACCGGGGUCACAGAGGCUGGGGGGGGCAAACGAGCCGGGGCAGUGGCCACGGUGGUGGCCGCCGUAGACCUUGCUCGUGUCCGUCAGCCUGUGCAUGUGGAGGGCGGCGAAGCUGAAGAGGACGCAGCCGUAGAGGCGGAGCUAAGGCAGCAGUCUGCCGCCACCGCCGCCGAUCAACAGUAUCGAGCCGGCUGGACGACAACGAGAGCGCAGGCUGUUAUUACACCUGAACCUGCCCCGCUGCUGCCUCAGGUUGUGGAGGCAGCAGCCGUCCCGUCUGCAGGCGGCGCCGUACUCCCUGCCACGCUGGUGUCGGGCCUGAAAAACACGAAUGUGACGGAGGGCGAGUCGGUGACGCUGGAGUGCCAGAUCAGUGGCCACCCCACCCCCAUCAUCCUGUGGUUCAGAGAGGACUACAAGAUUGAGAGCUCCAUCGACUUUCAGGUCAGCUACACGAACGGAUUCGCCCAGCUGGUGAUCCGCGAAGCGUUCGCCGAAGACAGCGGCCGCUUCACCUGCACCGCCACCAACGAGGCGGGCACCGUCAGCACCUCCUGCUACCUGCUCGUCCAGGUGUCCGAGGACAUCGAGAGCAGAGAGGAAGUCGCUGUCAGCACCGAACACGUUGAGACUGUUACGACACUAGUAACCGAAGAAGCCAGAGAGGAGACCAUGUCUCAGGUGAGCGUGGCCGAGUCCGACACUGCGGCCGCCGCUCCCUUCUUCAUCAAGACGCCCAGUGUGCAAGAGCUGGUGGAGGGAGGAAGUGUAUUGUUUGAGUGCCAGGUCGGGGGGAGCCCCAAACCCCACAUCAUCUGGAAGAAGAGCGGCGUACCGCUCACUACCGGAUACAGAUAUAAAGUUGCCUACAAGAAGGAGACCGGAGAAUGCAAGCUGGAGAUCUCCAUGACCUUCGCCGAUGACGCCGGAGAAUACUCCGUCUUUGUGAAGAACCAGCUCGGAGAAGUGUCAGCCUCCGCCAAUCUGCUAGAGGAAGAGGAAUACGAAGCCUACAUGAAACAGGAAGCGACCUUUAAGACUGAAAUGACAGCCGCGGUGCAAGAGCCCUCAGUGGGGGACGUCCCCCCCGUUGUCAUCACCACUGUGGAGCAGAUGACCACCACCAUUAUAUCCGGACAGGACUUCCAUCUUUCUGCCAUCGAGCAGAGGAUCAUCCACGAGUACGAACUCGUCAUUAUGAAGAUUACCUACAGAGAGAUCGUGACAGAGGACGGAGAGCUGAUCGUCACCGCUGACCCCACCGAGGCCAUGCAGCCUACCUUCGACACCCCCGUUAAAAACUACAGGAUCAUGGAGGGCAUGGGCGUCACCUUCCACUGCAAGACAGCCGGGAUGCCCCUCCCCAAGAUUGCUUGGUAUAAAGACGGCCAGCGCAUCAGGUCCGGUGACCGUUACCAGAUGGAGGUUCUUCAGGAUGGACGCGCCAGUCUGCGCCUGCCUGUGGUGCUGCCGGAGGACGAGGGCGUGUACACCGCCUUUGCCACCAACAUUAAAGGAAAUACCAUCAGCUCUGGGAAGCUCUACGUGGAGCCGUCCGGAGCUGGGGCGCCUCAGAGAUACACACCGCAGCCGGCCAUGCAGAGGAUCAGAUCCACGUCUCCUCGCUCUCUGAGCCGCUCUCCUGGACGUUCUUCCAGCCGCUCGCCUGGGCGCUCUCCUGCCCGCCGGCUGGAUGAGACGGACGAGGCUCAGCUGGAAAGACUCUACAAGCCUGUGUUUGUCAUGAAGCCGGCCUCGAGUAAAUGCUCUGAGGGGCAAACUGCCCGGUUUGACCUGAAGGUCGUCGGCAGACCGAUGCCCGACACAUACUGGUUUCACAACGGACAACAAGUGGUGAGCGACUACACCCACAAGAUCGUGGUUAAAGAGGACGGGACCCAGUCCCUGAUCAUCGUGCCGGCCCUGCCACACGACUCUGGAGAGUGGACCGUGGUGGCUCAGAACCGAGCCGGACGCUCCAACAUCUCCGUCACCCUCACUGUCGAUGCUAAAGAAACGCUGGUGCGUCCCCAGUUCACAGAGAAGCUGAAGAACCUCAGUGUGAAGCAGGGCACGCUGGUGGAGCUGGCAGUUAAAGCCAUUGGAAACCCUCUACCGGAUAUCGUCUGGCUGAAAAACAGUGACAUUAUCUCACCACACAAGCACCCAAACAUCCGGGUUGAAGGGACCAGAGGAGAAGCCAAAUUCCAGAUUCCCUCAGCAGCCGGCGCAGACAGUGCCUGGUACACGGCCACAGCCAUCAACAAGGCUGGCAGAGACACCACCCGCUGCAGAGUCAACGUGGAGGUGGACUACGUAGAGCCCGAACCAGAGAGGAAGCUCAUCAUUCCCAAAGGAACAUACAAGGCCAAGGAGAUUGCCGCUCCUGAGUUGGAGCCGCUUCAUAUGCGAUACGGACAGGAUCAGUGGGAAGAGGGCGACCUCUACGACAAAGAGAAGCAGCAAAAGCCACAGUUUAAGAAGAAGCUGACCUCCAUUCGGAUGAAGCGCUUCGGCCUGGCUCACUUUGAGUGCAGGCUGACUCCCAUCGGUGACCCCACCAUGGUGGUGGAGUGGCUGCAUGACGGGAAACCCCUGGAAGCCGCCAACAGGCUGCGCAUGGUCAACGAGUUUGGCUACUGCAGUCUCGACUAUGAAGCUGCGUACGCCAGAGACAGCGGCGUCGUCACCUGCAGAGCCACAAACAAGUACGGGGUCGACCAGACGUCGGCCACGCUGAUGGUCAAGGACGAGAAGGGCCUUGUUGAGGAAACGCAGCUUCCUGAAGGCAGGAAGGGCGUACACAGGAUGGACGAGAUGGAGCGCCUGGCUCACGAGGGAGGACCUGCAGGAGUCACCACUGAUGAUGAAUUUGAAAAGACCAAACCGGAGAUCGUGCUUCUUCCUGAACCCGCCAGAGUUAAGGAGGGCGACACGGCUCGCUUCCGCUGCAGAGUCACCGGGUACCCGUCACCAAAGGUCAACUGGUACCUCAACGGGCAACUCAUCCGCAAGAGCAAGAGAUACAGGCUACGGUAUGACGGCAUUUACUACCUGGAGAUCACUGACAUUAAAUCUUAUGAUUCAGGAGAGGUCAAAGUGGUGGCGGAGAACAACCUGGGCUCAGCCGGGCACACAGUGAAGCUGGAGAUCCUAGAGAAGGAGGACUUCAGGACUCACCUGCGCCGUGCCCCCGAGGGGAAGGCCGCCGAGGCCGCACCCGAACCUGGCAAAACCACGUUUGAAGUGGUGAAAACUGAGAAACCCGUAGACGAUUCGCAGCUGAAAGAGGUGGUGAAGCUGAAGAAGGCCCAGAGGAUCGUGCAUGAGAAAGCCACAGAGGAGUCGGACGAGCUGCGAGGGAAGUUCAAGCGCAGGACAGAGGAAGGAUAUUACGAGUCCAUCACUGCCGUGGAGCUCAAGUCACGCAAGAAGGACGAGUCCUACGAGGGACUGCUGAGGAAGACAAAGGAGGAUCUGCUCCACCGUGCAAAGGCUCAGGAGGAGGCAGCGAAGAAGGAGGAGGAGGAGCGCCGCAAGGUGACAGCGAAGCCUCUGAAACCUGAACGGGUGAAGCUCUCCGCCAGCAUGGAAGCUCCCAAGAUCCUGGAGCGCAUCACCAGCCAGACGGUCGCACAGGGCGACGAGGUCAAGUUCAGAGUCCGGGUCGUCGGCAGGCCGGAACCGGAGUGCCAGUGGUUCAAGAAUGGCGUGCAGCUGGAGAAGACCGAGCGUGUGAACUGGUACUGGCCCGAGGAUCAUGUGUGUGAGCUGGUGAUCAGAGACGUGCGGGCAGAGGAUUCUGCCAGCGUCAUGGUGAAGGCUACGAGCGCUGCUGGAGAGACUUCCAGCCACGCUUUCCUUCUGGUGCAAGGAAAGCAGGUGAUCAGCUUCACACAGGAGCUGGAGGAGAUCAACGCCAAAGAGAAGGACACCAUGGCCACCUUCGAGUGUGAGACCAACGAGCCCUUUGUGAAGGUCAAAUGGCUGAAGAACAACGAGGAGAUCUUCUCCGGAGACAAAUACAGGAUGCACUCUGACAGAAAGGUCCACUUCCUGUCUGUGCUGACAAUCAACAUGAAGGAUGACGCAGAGUUCACCUGCAUGGUGAUAGACGACGACGUGAGGACGACGGCCAAGAUCAACGUGGAAGGAGCUCCUCUGGAGAUACUGAAGCAGCUGGAGAGCACCGAGGUCCCUGAGACUUACUCCGGAGAGUUUGAGUGCGUGGUGUCCCGCGAGGACGCUGAAGGCAGCUGGUUCUUUGGAGAGAAGCCGCUCUCUGCCAGCAGUAAAUACGUCAUGUCCUUCCGCCGUGGAAGACACACCCUGUCUGUCAAAGACGUGAAGAAGGGGGACCAGGGAAAAUACUCCUUCAAAGUGGGCGAGUUCAAGACCAGCGCCUCCCUGAAGAUGAAACUGCGUCCGGUGACGCUGAUGCAGCCUCUGGCUGACCUGACGGUGUGUGAGGGCGACAUCGCUCAGCUGGAGGUGAAGUUCUCGCAGGAGAACGUGGAGGGAGGCUGGAUGAAGAAUGGACAGCCAGUCACAACCUCCAGCCGUCUGCAUGUUGUUAUCGACAAACAGGUCCACAAACUGCUGAUCGAAGACACCAUCAAGGACGAUUAUGGGAUGUACUCCUUUGUGGUUCCUGAUCACGCCAUCUCCACCUCCGCAAAGCUCGUCAUUCAGACGAUCGGCGUGUUGGUCCCGCUGAAGGACACAAGUGCUAUUGAAGGCACCAAAGCCGUUCUGGAGACCAAGAUCUCUGCACAGGACGUCCGCUCCGUCAAAUGGUACCAUAACGACAAGCUGCUGAUGGCCAGCGACCGCGUCCAGAUGGUGUCAAAGGGCGCCAAGCAGCGCCUGGUGUUCAACCGCACCUUCGCGUCCGACGAGGGACGCUACAAGCUGGUGGUGGGUCGAGCCGACACCAGCUGCAAAUUCUCUGUGCAGACCGUGCAGAUUGUGAAGCCCAUACAGGACAAGGAGUGCUCGGAGUCGCAGAACGUCACGUUCGAGGUGGAGAUUUCUCACCCGGGCAUCGACGCCUUCUGGACCUUCAAGCGGCUGCCGCUCAAAGCCGGCGCCAAGUACAAGAUGGUGUCCAAGAACAAGCAGCACACGCUGACCAUCAUGAAUGCCAUGAAAGACGAGGAGGGCGAGUACAUGUUCGCCGCCGGAGAGAGGAUGUGCAGCGCCUCGCUCACCGUGUCAGGGGGCGCCAUCAAGAAGCCGCUGCACGACCUCAUGGUGGCCGACUCGCAGACGGCGGUGCUGGAAUGCGAGGUGGCCAACCCGUCCGCGGAGGGGAAGUGGCUGAAAGACGGGAACGCUGUGGACUUCAACGAGAACACGCUGAGCGAGUUGAACGGCGCCGUCAGACGUCUCGUCAUCGGCAUCACCAAAGCCACCGACGUGGGCGAGUACACGUACCAGGUGGCCACGUCCAGGACAUCGGCCACCCUGAAGGUGGAGGCUGUUAAGAUCAAGAAGACGCUGAAGAACCUGAACGUGGUGCAGACUCAGGAAGCCGCCUUCAGCCUGGAGCUGACGCACAAGGACGUGAGGGGAGCGCAGUGGAUCAAGAACGGUGUGGAGAUCCUGCCCAGCGACAAGUAUGACAUCACCAUCGAAGGCACUGUGCACACGCUGAGAAUCAAGAACUGCAGCGCGCACGACGAGUCCGUGUAUUCCUUUAAGCUGGGGAAGCUGUCGGCUAGCGCCCGGCUCAACGUGGAAGGCAUCAAGAUCCUGAAGAAGCCCAAGGACGUGACGUCUCUGCUGGGGGCGACCGCCGUGUUUGAGCUGGGCCUCUCCGAGGACGACAUCCCCGUGAGAUGGAUGUUCAACAGCAUGGAGCUGCGGCCCAGCGAGAGCUACAGGAUGCUGUCUGAGAAGAAGAACCACAAGCUGAUCGUCCAGGACAUGGACAACAGCAAGCAGGGGGAGUACACCGCCGUGGUAGGCCACCUGACCUGCAGCGUGCACCUCACCGUCGAGUCCCUGCGCGUCACCAAACCCCUGAAGAGCGUGCAGGUCCCUGAGACGCAGGUGGCCACGUUCGAGUGUGAGGUGUCUCACUUCAACGUGCCGUCCACGUGGCUGAAGGACGGCGUGGAGAUCGAGAUGAGCGAGAAGUUCAGGAUCGUCGUUCAGGGGAAACUGCACCAGCUGAAGAUCACGAACACCAGCAGGAACGACUCCGCAGAGUACACCUUCGUCUGCGGGAACGACCGCGUCUCUGCAACGCUCACCGUUAGCCCCAUUCUCAUCUCAACGAUGCUGCAGAACCUGAACACUCAGGAGAAAGAUACAGUGACGUUUGAGGUGAACGUCAACUACGAGGAUGUCACGUACAAAUGGCUGAAGAACGGCGUGGAGAUCCGCUCCACGGACAGAUGCCAGGCACGCUGCAAGCAGCUCAUGCACACGCUGAGCAUCAGGAACGUUCACUUCGGAGACAGCGCCGAGUACAGCUUCACGGCCGGCUCUGCACUCACCACGGCCAAACUCUACGUGGAGUCCCGCGUGGUCGAAUUCACCAAACAGCUGAAAGACCUGAAGAUCACGGAGAAGAAGAGAGCGACUUUCGAGUGUGAAGUUUCUGAGCCCAACAUUCAGGUGAUGUGGAUGAAGGACGGUCAGGAGCUGGAGAUGUCCGACAGAUAUAAAAUGACCUCUGAUAAAUUUGUGCACCAUCUGAUCCUGCCGUCGGUCCGCCUGUCUGACGCCGGGGAAUACACCGCCGUGGCCGGGUCCAGCAUGUCCAAGGGAACACUGGGAGUCCUGGGCCGGGACAUCAAGAUCUCCGAGCCCGCCAGCAGGGACAUCACUGUUGUUGAGAAACAAAGAGCGACCUUUGAGUAUGAGGUGAACGAGGACGACGUGGAUGGCCGCUGGAUGAGGAACGGAGUGGAGAUCCAGGUCUCGGUGGAGGAGAGGUUCAAUUACGCCACCAUCAGGAAGCUGCACCGCCUCACCAUCUCAGAGACAUACAGGAGCGAUGCCGGCGAGUACACCUUCAUCGCCGGCAAGAACAGGAGCACCAUGAAUCUUCAUGUUAGACUGCCGGAGCCUCCUCAGAUCGUCCGGCAGAUGCAGCCACAGAAGGCAACGUCAGGUCGAUCGGUGCGCUUCUCGGUGCAGGUGAGCGGCCUCCCGAUGCCUCAGGUGUCCUGGUACAAAAACUCCCAGGCGCUGUCCACCGGCUACAAAUGCAAGUUCCUCCACGACGAAGACGAGCACACGCUGAUGCUGCUCGAAGUCUUCCCCGAAGACGCUGCCGUCUACAGCUGCGAGGCCAAGAACGACUACGGAGAGGCGACGAGCUCCGCCGCUCUCACUGUGGAAGUUCCUGAGGUGGUUGAAGCCGUGUCCCAGGUGUCUGUUCCUGUCCUCGGCUCCCCCCUGAGGGACAUCCUGGUCGCAGAGGGACAGCCUGCCCAGUUCCAGUGCACUGUCUCUGGGGAAGAUGUGCAGGUUUCCUGGUUCUGUGGCGACAGAGAGAUCAGGCAGUCAGCCAUAUUCAAGAUGUCUCAUUAUGGUGAGACCUGCCAGCUCGACAUUUCCAAAGCUCUCCCCAACCACGAGGGGGAGUACUCAUGUGUCGCCACAAAUUCAGCAGGAAUGGUCACAUGUGCUGCGACUCUGAACAUCGACGUCACUGCAGAGCAGCAGGAACCUGGUACUCAGGUCCGGGAAGAAGUGAAAGUAAAACCUGUGUUCAGGCACAGGAUUGCCCCUGUGGAGAUCAACAUUGGUAGUAUUGCCAAGUUUGAAUGUGAAAGUGAGGACGCUCCCAAUGUAAGCUUCAAGUGGUUCAAAGAUGGACAAUCCAUCAAAGAGGGUGAUAAGUACAGGAUCAUCAGUCGCUUCAGGACCUCGUGUCUGGAGCUGCUGAGCCCACACAAGGACGAUAGUGGUGAAUACUCCUGCAAGGCAUCCAACCAGCAUGGCAGUGACGAAUGCUCAGCCUCUCUCAAUGUGACGGAGCAUUGCCCUCCCUCCUUUAUAAAUAAACCUGACCCUCAGACUGUGUAUGUUGGGAAGAUGGCACAGAUACAGUGUGUAAUAGCAGGAUCUGCUCCACUGAAUGUUGUCUGGCACAAAGACGACCAGACCUUACCCAAAGUGCCGACACACUACCAAACAUCUUGUGAAAAGAGUAAGCACACUCUUGAGAUAACCAAACUUGAGCCAGCGGACCAGGGGCUUUAUGUGUGCAAGGCGUCCAACAAUGUUGGGACAGCUGAGAGCAGCAUGGAGCUGCGUGUUAUUGAUAAGCCCAGCUUUGUGCAGCCCCUCGGCUCGGUGGCCGCUGUGGUCGGAGCUCCUCUGCACCUGGAGUGUCAGGUGGACGAGGACACUGGAGUAACUGUCACCUGGACCAGAGGUGGUAGAAAAGUCCACCAGUCUCCAGACUGUAAACUGUCUUUUGAGGAUAAGACAGUUACUCUUGAUAUCCUAAAGACCACACUGAAAGAUUGUGGAGAUUAUGUGUGUACGGUGACAAAUGAAGCUGGGAGUGCAACAUGCUCCACCUCUGUGAAAGUUCAAGAGCCGCCAGUCUUCGUAAAGAGACUGGAGGCCACCACAGUCUGGAAGCAGGGCAGCACUGCACGUCUGCAGUGCACCGUCAAAGGGUCGCCUGAACUUCAUACCACCUGGUUCUUUAAUAACAGCCAGCUGUCUGCUGGUGGCAGAUAUGAGAUCUGUCUGAAGGACGGGGUCACAACACUUGAGAUAAAGGAUGUCACGUUGCGUGACUGUGGAAACUUUACCUGUGAAGUUCUCAAUGAGUCUGGCUGUGAAAGCUGCAGCACUAAAGUGACAGUGAAAGAACCGCCAUCUUUCAGAAAGGAGCUUCUCUCCUUAGAGGCAGUCCGAGGGUCUGUAGCUGUACUGGAGUGUGAGAUUGCAGGCUCUGCACCAUUUGAGGUGGCUUGGAAAAAGAAUAAGACACGCCUGUCAGCAGACAAGAAGCACAGGCUCCUGUCACAGGGUUCCCUGAGCUCUCUGGAGAUCCUUUCGUUUGAGAGCGCUGACGCUGGGGAAUAUGAAUGUGUCGUAUCUAAUGAGGUUGGGUCAGUAACCUCAAAGUCUUUCGCUAAACAGAGAGAGCCACCAAUGUUCUCAAAGAGGGUUGAAAGUGCUACAGCAGUGUUGAGAAAUACAGUGAAGCUGCAGGGAACCCUAAAAGGUUCUGCGCCCAUCACUAUCAAAUGGAUGAAAAACUCUGAGCUGCUACGAGAUGACGAUCCAAAUGUCAAAAUGACAUUUGAGAACAACAUUGCUAGCAUUUCCUUCUCAUCUUGUGACAUAAAGCACGGUGGCAAGUACACUUGCCUUGCCGAAAAUGAGGCGGGACAGCAGAAAAGUGAAGCUGUCUUAACAAUUCAAGAGCCUGCUAGCAUCUUAGAGAAAGCUGCGUCCAUCAGUGUGACCGCAGGUGACUCUGCCACACUGGAGUGCACAAUUUCUGGAAGCCCAGACCUCAAAGUGAAGUGGUUCAAAGACGGCAAGGAGAUGAUCAGUGGCCGUAAAUAUAAGAUGGUUGUGAAGGAGAACAUGGCCAUCUUAAAGAUUCUCACAGCCGAUAAAGGAGACACCUCAGAGUACAAGAUGGAGGUGUCCAAUAAAGUGGGGAAAGACGAGUGCAGCUGCUCAGUCACCAUUAUAGAUCGUGCCGUUCCACCUUCCUUCACCAAAUCUCUAAAGAAAGUGGAUGGCAGUAUUGGUAAUAAUGUUACCUUGGAGUGCAGAGUUGCUGGAUCUCAGCCAAUGAUUGUUUCUUGGUACAAAGACAACAAGGAAAUCCACAGCAAUGGCAAAUAUAAGAUGGAUUUCAGUGAGAUUAAAGCCUCUGUGACGAUUACUGGCCUGGAGCAGAGCGAUGGUGGAGUUUAUACAUGCCGGGCCGCUAAUGAUGCCGGACAAAAAGAGACCAGUGGUACUUUGUCCAUCAAAGAACCUCCGGUCUUCACAGUGAAACCUGAAUCCCAGGAUGCCUCACCGGCAUCAAAUGUUGUCAUAAAAUCCACUUUCACAGGAUCCACUCCUCUGGUGGUAAAAUGGUUCAGAGAGGAAAAAGAGAUUUUCACUGGGGGGAGGUGUUUCAUAACGAAAGACGCCUCCUCAAGCUCUUUGGAGCUUAACUCUGUGAAACCCAGUGACUCUGCGAAAUACACAUGCCAAGUAUCCAACAAUGCUGGGAAGGUGGAUUGCACCGCAGUCCUCUUUGUGAAAGAAGCCCCAACAUUUACAAUGAAGCUUGAGCCUUCACAGCUGCUGAGAACUGGACAACCUCUGAAGUUGUCCUGCAAAGUACAGGGCACCCCUGUGAUUAGCAUCAAAUGGUUUAAAAAUGGCUCAGAAAUCUCUUCAGACCACAGACUCACAAUGUCCUUUGACAGCUCAAUAGCCUCUCUGGAGGUAGAGAGUUGCUCUGUAGAGGAUAGUGGAGAGUAUGUGUGCACGGCGUCCAGCGAGGCCGGCAGCGACGAGUGCAGCAGCUCAGUGACAGUGAAAGAGCCUCCAGUGUUUGUGAGGUCUUUUGAAUCAGCCGAGCUUGUAAAGGGAUCCGACAUUAUCAUGGAAGGAAGUGUUUCGGGUUCCCCUCCAUUUGAAAUAAGUUGCUUCCUCAAUGAGAAGCUGAUCAGAAACGACAAAAGGCAUAAGAUCAGUGUUGAAAACAACACGGUCACUCUUCACAUCCCACACUGUGAGAGCGGAAAUGCUGGGACAUACCAGUGCUCUGUUACUAAUGAUGUUGGGGAGACAUCUUGUUCUUGUCAGAUUUCCUUAAAAGAACCACCAACAUUUGUUGAGAGACUAGAGGAUAUAUCCUGCAUGGUGGGCUCUGAGAUCUCUAUGAAGUGUAUGUUGUCUGGAUCACUUCCCAUGACUCUCUCCUGGAUCAAGGACAAUCAUGAGCUCUCAGAAGACGAGCAUGUAAAGAUGACCUAUGAAACCAAAAGUGCCGAGUUGAAUUUGAAAAAUGCUCAGUUAUCACACAGCGGGAAAUAUGUGUGUCUGGCACAGAACAAAGCCGGGACUCAGAGAUGUGCCGCCGUGCUCGUAGUGGCAGAGCGCAAAGUCCCUCCAAACUUCACCAAGAGGCCCUCUGAGUCCAUGAUGGAUUCUGUGGGUAAGACGGUGAAGAUGGAGGGUCGGGUCUCUGGUUCGCAGCCACUAACCGUCACCUGGUACAAGGACAACAAGGAGAUCUACGGCUCUGACAAAUACGAUGUGAGCUUACAGAACAACAUGGCCAUGCUGUGCGUCAGAGACUCCACCUGCUCGGACGGCGGUGUGUACACCUGCGAGGCAUCCAACGAGGCGGGAAAAGCUUCAUGUCGGGUUGCUCUCAGCAUCACAGAAACCAGCCAGGCUCCAAAGUUCGACGUCCCUCUGGAGCCGGUGACGGUGAACGAGGGCGAGAAGCUGAGCCUCAAAUGCCACGUGAGCGGCUCUCCUCCCCUGAAUAUCCAGUGGAUGAAGGACAGGAGGGAGCUGAAGUCCAGCGGAAACACAAAAAUCACGUUUGUUGGCGGGACGGCCUGUCUGGAGGUUAGCCCGGCCGCAAAGAGCGAGGCGGGGGAUUACCUGUGCAAGGCCAGCAACACCAGCGGCAGCAACUUCUGCAAGUCCAGGGUCACUGUGAUAGACACAGGAGCCAAAACCAAAGCCGCCCCCGCCGAGGCGGCCGCCCCGGCUGCUGCGCCGGCAGUCAAAAGGCUCGACAACCUUUUCUUCAUCGAAGAACUCCAAAACGUUUCUGCCGCAGAGAAGGGCACCGCGACCUUCAUCGCUAAGAUCGGCGGCGACCCAAUCCCCAGCGUGAAGUGGAUGAAGGGCAAGUGGAGGCAGAUCACCCCUGGGGGUCGUAUCUCCAUUGAGCACAAGGGUCAGGAUGCCAAAAUGGAAAUCAGAGAGGUGACCAAGUCCGACUCUGGCAUGUACAGGUGCGUUGCCACCAACAAGCACGGAGAGAUCGAGUGCAGUGCCGACAUGGAGGUCACCAAGAAGGAGGAAACGCAGGGACUUGGAGACAUAAGGACCAGGCUGAAGAAGACUCCCUCGAAGCAGAAGAGUCCCAAGAAAGAAGGAGACAUCGAUAUUGUGGAUCUGCUCAGAGGUCAGAACCCCAAAGAAUAUGAGAGGAUCCUUCAGGAGCACGGCAUCUACGACUACCGUGCCAUCCUGCAGGCCAUCGAGUUCCUGAAGAGGGAGAAGGAGAUGGAGAGCGGAAAAUUGGAGGUGGAGCACGGCGGCCGGGUUGAAGAGGAGGACAUGGCCCUGCUCAUCCAACAGCUGGAGGGACGCGCCAGCACCGAGCCCGUGUCUGUGAUGGAGGACAUCAGCGACCAGACGGUGGUGGACAACCAGAGCGUCACCUUCGAGUGUCAGAUCCGCAUCAACUACCCGGAGAUCAGCCUCACGUGGUACAAAGGCACGCAGAAGCUGGACAACGGAGAAAAGUACGACAUCGGCAGUGAGGGCGAGCGCCACUACCUGAGCAUCAGGAAGUGCUCCCCGAAAGAUGAGGGGAACUACCGCGUGGUGUGUGGGCCGCACAUCUCCAAUGCCAAGCUCACCGUCACAGCCGAACGAAUUCAGUUCACUAAAUGCAUCCGAAGCAUCGAGGUGAACGAGCGCCACUGCGCCACCUUCGAGUGCGAGCUGUCCUUUGACAACGCCACCGUGGCGUGGUACAAAGACACGUGGGAGCUCAGAGAGAGCCCCAAAUAUAACUUCCGGACCGACGGCCGGCGCCACUUUAUGACCAUCCGUAACGUGACGGCGGAGGACGAAGGCGUGUACUCGGUGAUCGCUUGCCUGGAGCCGCUGGGAGAAGCUCGCAGCACGGCCGAGCUCUACCUGUCGGGCAAAGAGGUUGAGUUAGGAAGCGUUCCUCAGGACGUCCCUGACGCGUCGCUGCAGUUUCCUGCUGCUGCGUCUCUGUUCGUCAGAGAUUUCUCCCAAUCUUAUCACUACGAAGAGCGAACACAAGUGAAAGAAGACAGACAGCGUGCUGCAGAGACAGUAGUGAGGACUGAGCUCAGAGACGAAGUCCCUGCAGUUCCUGAGGUUCACAGGCAAGCAGAGGAGAAACCUGCCGCUCAGCUCAAAGUACCUGAAGCAAAGAAGACGCAGCCCAAGGUCAGCGCGGCGGCUCGGCGAGAGGACGCCCCCGAAGUAUCUCCUCCGGAGGAGAAGAAACCAUCUGCACCAAAGCCUUCAGCUCUUGCAGAGAAAGUUGCUCCUCCUACAGUGUCUCCCCCAGAUGAAAAGAAACCAUCUGCACCAAAGCCUUCAGCUCCUGCUCCUUCAGAGAAAGUUGCUCCUCCUGCAGUGUCUCCCCCAGAGGAGAAGAAACCAUCUGCACCAAAGCCUUCAGCUCCUGCAGCUCCUGCAGCCAAAGUGGCUCCUCCUGCAGUGUGUCCUCCAGAGGAAAAGAAACCAUCUGCACCAACACCAAAGUCUCCAGCAGAGAAAGUCAUAACACCUGCAGCUCAAGUUGCACCGGUGACGAAGAAACCCGCCCCACCAGUCAUAAAGGCCUCUCCGGAAGCCUCUCCACCUGAAGACAAGGAACCAGUAUCAGCACCUGGACCAACUAAAGUGCCACCUCUUAAGCAAAAGGAUGGAAAACCUUCAGAGGAGUCAGCUAAAGGAAGAGGCCGAGGACUCGCGGCGAGACAAACCCCGUCUCCUGGUGACGGCGGCCGGGGCCGCGGCCUGAGGCCCGGCGGAAAGGGUCCGUCUCCACCGGAGGAACCCUUUGGAGGAUUCAAGCUGAAGGCCGUCCCCCUGAAGUUCAUCAAGAAGAUUCAGGACAUCGUGCUACAGGAGGCCGAGUCCAUCGGCUCGUCUGCCGUGUUUGAGUGCGAGGUGUCACCCUCCACUGCCAUCGCCUCGUGGAUGAAAGACGGCAGCAACCUCCGCGAGGGCCCCAAGCACAAGUUCACAGCUGAUGGAAAAGAUCGCAAGUUGAACAUUAUUGACGUCCAGCUGUCGGACACAGGCGAAUACACCUGUGUGGCCAGGAACGCUGGCAAGGAAAUAACAUGCACAGCCAAGCUCGUCGUUGAAGAGCUGCCUGUAAAGUGGCUGAAAGAUCUGGAGCCAGAGACUUCCUGUAUCAAGAGUCAGCCCAUGUAUCUGACCUGUGAGCUGAACAAAGAGAGAGACGUGGUCUGGAAGCGCAAUGGCGCCCUCCUGAAGAAACAGGCCGGAAAGCUGGUGAUUAAUAUCAUCGGGAUGCAGCACGCUGUGACCAUCCAGAACGCCACCGAGGAGGACGCCGGCGCCUACACGUGUGAGGUGGUUGGACAGGAGGACGUGAAGACCACAACCAAUGUCAAAGUGAUUGAAAUCAUCAAGGACUGGCUGGUGAAGCCUCUGAGAGACCAGCACGUGAAGCCGAAGGCUAAAGCCACGUUUAAAUGUGAGCUGUUCAAGGAUACUCCCAACUGGAAGUGGUUCAAAGGAGACAACGAGCUCGCUCCUUCGGACAAAGUGCAGAUCAACAAAGACGGGCAGGACAUGACUCUCACCAUCAACAACUGCCAGGCUGACGACGUCUCCGACUACACCAUCGAGGUGGAGGACCGCAGAUACUCGGCCAAGCUCUCGCUCGGAGAGCGUGAGGCGGAGAUCCUGAAGCCUCUCUCCAGCGUGGAGGUGGUGGAGAAGGAGGAGGCCAACUUUAACACGGAAAUAUCUGAGGAGGAUGUAGUCGGGGAAUGGAAACUGAGGGGCCAGGUGCUGCUGAGGUCCCCGAGCUGCGACAUUAAAGCUGAAGGCAGGAAGCGCUUCCUGACGUUGAAACACGUGCAGCUGGAUCAGGCGGGUGAAGUGUCGUAUCAGGCGCUGAACGCUGUCACCAGUGCCAUGCUCACCGUCAAAGAGAUCGAAAUGGGCUUUGUUCAGCCGCUGAAGGACGUUUCUGUGCCUGAAAAGAAACAAGCUAAGUUUGAAUGCACCGUCACCAAGGAGGUGUCAAAGGUCAUGUGGUUCAGGGGGGUGGACAUCGUCACCCCCAGCCCUAAAUAUGAAAUAUUGGAUGAUGGAAAUAAACACAUGCUGAUCAUAAACAGCUGUGAGUUUGACGAUGAGGCUCAGUACACGGUGGAAGUGUUGGGCCAGAAGUCGUGCGCUCAGCUUGCGGUGGAAGGCAUGAGGCUGAAAUUUAUGCAGCAGCUUCAGGACCAAACGGUGAAAGAAGGUAAAACGGUGCGAUUUGAGCUUGAGCUGACGCACGACAACGUGCCCGUGGUUUGGUACCGAAACGAAGUGAAACUCCACGUGAGCCGCACGGUGCUCACACACGUGGAAGGAAAGAAACACUGUCUAGAAAUGAGGACGUUGACUCUAGAUGAUACCUGCCAGAUAAGGGCAGAGGCCAAAGGAAAUUACUCCAUGGCAAAGCUGACUGUCAUAGAGGGCGACGCCGUGUUCGUGGUGAAGCUGCAGGACUACACGGUCACGGAGAAAGACGAGGUGACUCUGGACUGUGAACUGAGCAAAGACGUCCCCGUCAUGUGGUACCACAACGAGAAGGAGAUCGUAGCCUCCAAGGUGGUGGUGAUGAAGUCGGAGGGCAUGCGUAGGUCUCUGGUCCUGAAGAAGGCAGAGCAGAGCAAUAAAGGAAAAUAUGUAUGUGACUGCGGGACGGACAAGACAAUGGCCAACAUCAACAUCGAAGCUCGUGACAUCAAGGUUGUUCGGCCCAUUUAUGGCGUGGAGCUGUUUGAUGGAGAGACGGCUCGUUUCGAGGUGGAGAUCUCUGAGGACGACCUGCACGGCCAGUGGAAACUUAACGGAGAAAUCCUCAGUCCUUCCUCUGAUGUGGACAUCAUCGAAGAGGGCGGCAAACACACGCUGAUCCUAUACAACUGUAAGGUCUCCAUGACCGGCGAGGUGGGGUACGCCGCCGCCAAUGCCAAGUGUGCUGCUAACCUGAAGGUCAAAGAACUUCCUAUGAACUUCCUCACGCCGAUGAGUGACGUUCAGGUGUACGAGAAAGACGAGGCGAGGUUUGAGCUCGAACUGUCCAGAGCCCCCAAGAGUUUCCGCUGGCUGAAAGGUUCCCAGGAGCUGCAGAGCGACGAAAAGUAUGAGAUGAUCCAGGAAGGAAACAUGUAUGUGCUGGUGAUACGAUCGGCCGCCUAUGAGGACGAGGCAAAGUACAUGUUUGAGGCCGAGGACAAGAGGACAACCGGCAAACUCGUCAUACAAGGUAUUCGCCUGGAGUUUGCUAAACCAAUUAAGGAUGUGACGGUGAAGGAGCGCGAAACGGCCGAGUUCAGUGUCGAACUCUCACACGACAAGAUCACGGUGGUCUGGUACAAAAAUGACGUCCGCCUGCAUCCCAGCAAGGUGGUCCACAUGUCGGAUCUCGGAAAGAUCCACACGCUGGCCUUCAAGGAGGUCACCAUCGACGACACGUCUAUGAUCAAAGUGGAGGCCAUGGACAAGACCGUGACCGCCAUGCUCACCGUCAUCGAGGGUGACCAGUAUUUCACCACCAAGCUGCAGAACUACACGGCCGUGGAAAAGGACGAAGUGAAGCUAGUAUGUGAAUUGAGCAAAUCCAUCACUGACGUCAAAUGGUUCAAGGACGGGAAGGAGAUCACUCCCUCCAAGAACAUCGCCGUCAGCACCGACGGAAAGAAGCGCAUCCUGACAGUCAGGAAGGCGGAGAAGGCGAAUAUCGGAGAGUACACCUGCGACUGUGGCUCAGAUAAAACUUCAGCCAACCUGAACAUUGAAGAGCGGGACAUCAAGGUUAUUCGUCCGUUGUACAGUGUUGAGGUUACAGAGACAGAAACAGCCAAGUUUGAGACGGAGAUUUCAGAAGAGGACGUGCACGGAAACUGGAAACUGAAGGGAGAAGCUCUGCAUCAAAGCGCUGAUGUGGAGAUUAAGGAGGAAGGAACCAAGCACAUGCUGAUCCUCUAUAACGUCCGUAUGGACAUGGUUGGAGGCGUCGACUUCACCGCCGCCAAUGCUAAAUCCACAGCUCAGCUCCGAGUGAAAGCUCGGUCCAUUGGGCUGCUGCGUCCUCUGAAGGACGUGACGGUGACGGCCGGAGAGACGGCCACCUUCGAGUGUGAGCUGUCGUACGAAGGCAUCGAGGUGGAGUGGUUCCUAGGGGGUCAGAAGAUGGAGGCCAGUGAUCGGGUGAAGACGCGCGUGGCGGGGAAAGUUCACGCUCUGACAGUCCGUGACGUGAAGCUGUCGGAGGCUGGAGACGUCAAACUGACCUCCAAAGACUUCCAGACUCAGGCUCAGCUCAUCAUCAGACAACCAGCGGUGGAGUUCUCCCAGCCGCUGGAGGACCAGACAGUCGAGGAGGAGGCGAACGCCACGCUGGAGUGUGAGGUGUCCAGAGAGAACGCAGAGGUGCACUGGUUCAGAGAGGGACAGGAAGUGAGGAAGACCAAGAAGUACGACAUGAUCGUAGACGGACGCAAGAGAGCGCUGGUCAUCCUCGACUGCUCUCCGGACGACGCCAAGAUGUACACGUGUGACGCCAAAGACUUCAAGACGUCCUGCUUCCUGGAGGUCACACCUCCUCAUGUGGAGUUCAUGAAGCCUCUGCAGGACGUGGAGGUGAAAGAGAAAGAAUCUGCUAAGUUUGAAUGUGAAGUGUCCAGAGAGUCGGCCAAGGUUCGCUGGUUUAAGGACGGUAGUGAGAUCAGGAAGGGGAAGAAGUACGAGAUCGUCUCUAAAGGCGUGCAGCGCGUCCUCAUCGUGCACAAGUCGGUGUUCGACGACGAGGCCGAGUACGAGUGCGACGCCAGAACCUCCAAAACCUGCGGCAUGCUCACCGUCAUCGAGGAGGCCGCCAGCUUCACCAAGAACCUGUCCAACGUGGAGGGCACGGAGACCGACAGCGUGAAGAUGAUCUGCGAGGUGUCCAAGGCCGGCGCCGAGGUCACGUGGUACCGGGGAGACGAGGAGCUGCCAGAGGGCGGCCGCUACGAGCAUGUCACCGACGGACGCAAGAGGAUCCUGAUCAUCCAGGACCUGAGGAUGGAGGACGCCGGAGAGUUCAACUGCAGGCUGAGCACGAGCGUCAGAACGUCUGCCACGCUCACGCUCAACGAACUGGCGGCCGAGUUCAUCGCCCGCCCUCAGAACCAGGAGGUGGUGGAGGGCGAGAAGGCCGAGUUCGCCUGCUCCGUCUCCAAAGACACGUACGAGGUGAAGUGGUUCAGAGGCGACAAGCAGGUGGAAGCCGGGGAGAAGUACGCCAUCGUCAGCGAAGGGAAGAGAAGAGCUCUUAUUGUGAAAAGCUGCGAAAUGAAGGACGAGGGAGGCUACGUCGCUCACAUCGGCGGCGUGAAGGCCUCCGCAGAUCUGUUUGUGAUAGAGAAACUGAGGAUCGUCACACCGAUUAAAGACACGGAAGUGAAGGAAGGAAGUGAGGUCGUCUUCAACUGCGAGACAAACACGGAGGGAGCGAAGGCCAAGUGGCUGAAGAACGAGGAGACGAUAUUCGAGAGCAGCAAGUACAUGAUGGCUCAGAGGGACAACGUGUUCUCGCUGAGGAUCAGAGAUGCCAUGAAGAACGACGAGGCCGCCUACACCAUCACGCUGACCAAUCAGAGAGCAGAGCAGGCCAAGUGUAGCGCCAGCGCCAGAGUGGCAGAGGAGAAGCUGAAGUUCCUGGAUCCCAUCGAGGACGUGGAGACUCAGGAGAAGAAGACCAUCAGCUUUGUGUGUAAGGUGAACCGGCCCGAGGUGACGGUGCGCUGGAUGAAGGCGGGACAGGAAGUGACGCUCAGCAAACGCAUCGUCUACAGAGCUGACGGCCUCAAACACACGCUGACCGUCAAGGACUGCGUGAUGGACGACGAGGGCGAGUAUACCGCCGUGGUCGGAGACGACAAGUGCGUGGCCGAGCUGAUCAUCAGUGAGGCGCCCACAGACUUCACGGCGCAGCUCAAGGACCAGACCAUCACAGAGUUUGAGGACGCCGAGUUCACCUGCAAGCUGAGCAAAGAGAGGGCGACGGUGAAGUGGUACAGGAACGGACGGGAGAUCAGAGAAGGACCGAGAUAUCACAUGGAGAAAGAAGGAAAGACAUGUAGACUGAUCGUCAAAGUGUGCAGACUGGACGAUGAAUGUGAAUACGCCUGCGGUGUGGACGAGAGGAGGACCAGAGCCCGGCUCUUUGUGGAAGAGACGCCUGUGGAGAUCGUCAGACCUCCUCAGGACGCCUUCGAGCCGCCGGGCUCCGACAUCGUGUUCGAGGUGGAGCUCAACAAGGACCGCGUGGAGGUGAAGUGGAUGAGGAACAACAUGAUUAUCGUUCAGGGAGACAAAUACCAGAUGAUCAGCGAGGGCAAAAUCCACAGACUGCAGGUCUGUGAGAUUCGACCCAGAGACCAGGGAGAGUACAGGAUGGUGGCCAAAGACAAGGACGCCCGCGCCAAGCUGGAGCUGGCAGCCGUCCCAAAGAUCAAAACUACAGACCAGAAUCUGGUGACGGAUGCCGGUAAAUCCUUCGUGAUGAGCGUGCCGUACGACGCAUACCCUCGCGCCGACGCCGAAUGGUUCUAUGAGGGCACCAGCUUGCCCGUCCAGAACAUUGACACCUCCGCGGACAAGACGGAGUACCGCCUGAAAAGCCCGAGCAAAGCGGACCGUGGCCGUUACAAGGUGGUGGUUAGGAACAAGCACGGCGAGGGCGAGGCGUGCAUCAACCUGGACGUAAUCGACGUCCCCGGACCCGUGAAGAACCUGCGCGUGGUCGACACCACCGACGGCGAGGUGAGCCUGGCCUGGGAGGAGCCUGAGAGCGACGGCGGCAGCAAGAUUGUGGCAUAUGUAGUAGAGAGACGCGACAUAAAGCGUAAGACGUGGACGCUGGCGACGGGCCGCGCUGACACCCCAGAGUACUGUGUCAGCGGCCUGCAGAAGGAGUCCAAGUACCUGUUCAGGGUCUGUGCCCGCAACCGAGUCGGCAGCGGCCCUAUCGUUGCUACCGAGGACGCUGUGCAGGCCAAGAACAAGUUUGACGUUCCUGACGCUCCAGAGAACGUGGCGGUUGGCGUGGUCAACCGCUUCGGUGCCACCGUCUCCUGGGAGCCUCCCAAGAAAGACGGGGGCUCCGAGAUCUGUGCCUACGUGAUCGAGCUGCGCGACCGGACCUCCGUGAAGUGGGAGGCGAACAUGGUGUGUGCCGCCGCCGACCGCUCGGCCAUGCUGAACGACGUGGUGGAGAACAAGGAGUACAUCUUCAGAGUGCGCGCCGAGAACAAGGCCGGCAUCGGCAAGCCCAGUGCCGCCACCAAACCCGUGAAGAUCAUGGACCCCAUCGAGCGCCCCAGCCCGCCUCUCAACCUCAACUACAGUGACCAGAUCAAGACGGCGGUCACGCUGACCUGGGAGACACCCAGCAGCAACGGCGGCAGUAUGAUCACCGGGUACAUCAUCCAGAAGUGUGACGACGGUGCUGACAAGUGGAUGCGCUGCAACGCCAGACUGUGCCCCGACCUCUCCUACCGCGUGUCGGGUCUGAAACCCGGUCAAAGGUUCCUCUACAGAGUUUCUGCUGAGAACGCCGCCGGCGUCUCCGAUCCAACUGAUCAGCUCGGACCGCUGCUCGCCGACGACCCACACGUGGCUCCGACCUUUGACCUCAGUGGCUUCAGGAAUGGGCUGGAGGUCAUUGCCCCGCAGCCGCUCACAAUCAGGGUGCCCAUCACCGGAUACCCAACGCCCGUCGCCAAAUGGACCUUCGGAGACAAGCAGCUGACCACCGCCGACGAGCGCGUCUCCAUGGUGACCAAGCCCACGUACACGGAGCUGACUGUGGCGCCCAGCGUGCGCCCGGACAAAGGCACUUACGGCCUGCAGCUGGAGAACGACGUGUCCUCCAUAUGCGGGGAGGUCGAGGUCAACGUCAUCGCAUGCCCUAGUGCUCCUAAGGACUUCAAGGUGGCGGAGGUGACCCGGCACCACGUGCACCUGAUGUGGGAGGCCCCGGAGCAUGACGGAGGAAGUCCAGUCACUCACUUCCAGAUCGAGAAGAGGGAAGUGUCCCGUAAGACCUGGGCCAAGGUGGCUACUGGCAUCCUGGACCUGGAGCACACAAUAACAGACGUGAUCGAGGGGAAGGAGUACCUAUUCAGUGUCACCGCCUGCAACAAGUGUGGAGCCGGGGAGCCGGCGUACAUCGAUGAACCCGUCAGCGUGUCGUCUCCUGCCACUGUACCCAAUCCCCCUGAGAACCUGAAGUGGCGCGAUAAGAGCGGCAAGACCAUCUUCCUGUCCUGGGAGCCUUCGAAGUACGAUGGCGGUGCCCCAAUCAAAGGCUACGUGGUCGACAAGUGUCAGCGUGGGUCAGACAAGUGGGAGCCCUGCGGGGACCCGGUCCCUGAACUAAAGAUGCAGGUGACCGGCCUGAUCGAGGGGCAGUGGUACGCCUACAGGAUCCGAGCCUUCAACAAGCUGGGAGCCAGCCGGCCGUGCAGAGCCACCGAUGAGAUCCAGGCUGUGGACGCCAGAGAGCCUCCAGAGAUCCAGCUGGACGUGAAGCUGCUGGCCGGUCUGACUGCCAGAGCUGGCACUAAGAUCGAGCUGCCGGCUGACGUCAAAGGGAAGCCCGACCCCCGGGUGAAGUGGACCAAGGCCGACCUGGUGCUGCGGGCCAAUGACCGCAUCACCAUCGACACCCAGCCGGGACACUCUAAGCUGUCCAUCGCCAACAGCACCAGAGGGGACACCGCCACCUACAUCAUCGAGGCCGUCAACGCAUGCGGCCGCGCCACCGCCACUGUCGACGUCAACAUUCUCGAUAAACCUGGCCCGCCGGCCGCCUUUGACCUCUCCGACAUCACCAAUGAGUCGUGCUCGCUGGCGUGGAACCCCCCAAGGGACGAUGGCGGCUCGCCCAUCACCAACUACAUCGUGGAGAGUCAGCAGAUGGACAAAGAGGAGUGGGUGAAGCUGUCGGCCACGGUAAAGCACACCACCUUCAAGGCCUGCAAGCUCACCGCGCUGAAGGAGUACGUGUUUAGGAUCAGCGCUGAGAACCAGUAUGGCAUCGGAGAGCCUGCAGAGCAUGCGCCCAUCAUUGCAAAGUAUUCCUUCGAUCCUCCUGGUGCUCCAACCAGAGUCACUCCCUCUGACAUCGCCAAGGACGCCGUCACUCUGACCUGGUUUGAGCCGGACGAGGACGGCGGCAGUCCAAUCACCGGAUACUGGAUCGAGAAGUUCGACCCCGAGAGCGACAAGUGGAUCAGAUGCAACAAGCUGCCAAUCAAGGACACGACAUUCAGGGUGAAGGGACUCCCCACCAAGAAGAAGUACAGCUUCCGUGUUCUGGCUGAGAAUCUGGCCGGACCUGGGAAGCCAAGCGUAGAGACGGACCCCAUCCUCAUCAAAGACCCCAUCGAUCCUCCCUGGGCUCCGGGGAAACCCGUCAUCAGGGAUGUGGGGAAGACCACAGUCCUGCUGGCGUGGACGCGGCCAGAGCACGAUGGCGGGGCGAAGAUCGAAGGCUACAUCAUCGAGUUCCAGAAGAGCGGCAGCGAGGAGUGGAUCCGCAUCGCAGAGGACGUCCCUCAGACGGAGCAGCAGCUGCAGGGCCUGAUGGAGAAGCAGGAGUACUCGUUCCGCAUCAAGGCCGUCAACAAGGCCGGCGAGAGCGAGCCCAGCGAGCCCAGCGAGCCUGUGGUCUGCAAGGAGAGGCUCUAUGCUCCGUCCGCCCCCCAGUGGCUGGAGGUGGCAUCCAUCACAAAGAUCAACGCAGGCCUGAAGUGGCAGGCUCCCAGCAGCGACGGCGGCUCGCCCAUCACCAACUACGUGGUGGAGAAGCGGGACGUGCGGCGUAAAGCCUGGCAGGCCGUGGACACCACAGUGAAGGAGCUAAAGUACACAGUGACGCCGCUCAACGAGGGCUCGCUCUAUGUUUUCCGUGUCGCCGCUGAGAAUGCCGUGGGGAUGGGCGAAUUCUGCGAGCUGGAGGACGCCGUGCUCGCCAAAGACACGUUCACCACUCCUGGACCUCCGUAUGCCCUCACCGUGGUGGAGGUCACCAAGAGACACGUGGAGCUUAAAUGGGAAGCUCCCAAGAGCAACGGAGGAAGACCCAUAACCAAGUACGUGAUCGAGAAGAAGGAGAAGCUGGGCACUCGCUGGCUGAAGUGCUGCAAGACUCCCGACAAACAGACUCAGUUCAAAGUGACGGACGUGGACGAGGGCUCUGAGGUGCAGUUCCAGGUCCGAGCGGAGAACGAGGCCGGAGUGGGCGACCCCAGCGAGCCAACAGAGAUCCUUACCAUCGAGGACGCCACCAGUGCUCCCUCUCCUCCUCUGGAGCUGAAAGUCCCAGACGCCAGCCGGGAGCACAUCAACGUCUCCUGGAAGCCUCCAGCUAAAGACGGUGGCAGCCCAAUCACGGGCUAUCACGUGGAGGUGGCCGAGGCCCGCCCUGAGCUGAAGUGGCUCCGGAUCAACAACAGACCCAUCAAGGAGCUCAAUUUCAGGAUCGACGACGGCAUCAAGCCGGAGAAGAAGUACGUGAUCCGGGUCCGAGCCAUCAACUCCAUUGGCGUCAGCGACCCCUCCGAGAUCUCCGACAAGGUCUUCACCAAAGAUCCCGACUGCGCUCCCACCAUGAACCUGGAGGCGCAGGACGUGGUGGUGGUUGAAGGAGAGAAGCUGCACCUGAACGUCCCCUACAGGGCGAUCCCCACCCCCAAGAUGGUGUGGCAGAAGGAUGCAGUGGAGUGUAAGGCUGACGAGCGACUCUCCAUGACGGUAGAGAUGAACAACGCUCACUUGGAGCGGCUCAAGUGCACGCGGGCCGACGCCGGCGCCUACGCCAUCACCCUGGAGAAUAGCCUGGGAACCGCCACCGGGACCGUCAACGUCAAAGUCAUCGGCCUCCCCGGUCCGUGCAGAGACAUCACCUCCAGCGACGUCACCAAGAACUCCUGCAAGAUCAGCUGGGAAGCCCCGGAGGAUGACGGCUGCACCCCAAUCCUCAGCUACACAGUGGAGCGCCGCGAGGCCUCCAAGAAAACCUACAUGCCCGUCAUGUCGGGCGAGGAUGUGCUGACCUGCCCCGUCAAAGACCUAUAUGUCAACUGCGAGUACUACUUCAGAGUGAGGGCCGUCAACAAGGUGGGGGCCGGGAAACAUCUGGAGCUACGCAACCCCGUCAUCACGGAGGAAGUCAAACAGAAACCCGACCCGCCCAUUCAGGUGGAGGCUCACGACCCGACCUCUAAGUCCAUCACGGUGACCUGGAAGGCUCCAGACUACGACGGCGGCUGCCCCAUCCAGGGCUACAUCGUGGAGAGGAUGGAGAAGGACGGAGACCGCUUCGACAGGGUCACCCCGAGCCUCGUGCCCGGGUUCUCCCACGUGGUGACAGGCCUGAAGGAAGACGCGGAGUACCAGUUCAGGACCCGUGCAGAGAACGCCGCCGGUGUCAGUGAGCCAUCCCGCAGCACGCAGCUCAUCAAAGCUGCUGACCCCGUCGAUAAACCCAAGGUCACCCUCCACGCCCGUGUGCAGGCCGGUGUGUGCGUGAAGAAGGGCGAGGAGAUCCGCAUCGACGCCUUUGUGUCCGGCUCCCCGUACCCCAAAGUCAGCUGGCUGAGGAACAACGAGGACAUCACCAAAGAGCCCAGCAAGAAGCUCGUCCCUGUGGUCAAGAAGAAGUCCAAGGCCAAGGUUUCUGAGCCGGAGGAAGAGUUUGUGAACCCACUGCGGGAGCGUCUGGGUCUGGAUCAGACCAUCCGGGGUCAGUCUGCGCUGAUGAUCCGUGAGGCCGUCAGAGCCGACCACGGAGACUUCACCAUCGUGGUGGAGAACACGCAUGGCGUCGCCACCGCGGUCUGUGUCGUUAACGUCCUUGAUAAACCGUCCGCUCCGCUGAACUUCUCCUUCGAGGAGAUCAGGAACACCUCAGUGGUAUGUAACUGGGAGCCUCCGGAGGACGACGGCGGCAGCGACAUUCUGAACUACAUGCUGGAGAAGAAGGACAACAGGAACGAGGAGGUGGGCUGGAUCACUGUCACCUCCACGCUGAAGGGCACCAGCUGCCCCAUCACCAAGCUCAUCGAGGGCAAAGAGUACGUGUUCAGGGUCACUGCCGAGAACAAGUUUGGCUGCGGCCCGGCCUGCGUGUCCGAGCCGCUGCUCGCCAAGAACCAGUUCGAUCCCCCUGACGCGCCCAACACGCCCAGAGUCCACGAGGUGACGGCGAGCAGCGCCCACAUCUCGUGGUACGAGCCCAAAGACAACGGCAGCCCGAUCCUGGGCUACUGGAUCGAGAGGAAGGAAGUGAACAGCAAACACUGGACCCGCGUGAACCGCACGCUGCUCAACUCGCUGGACGUGAAGGUGGUCGGCCUCAUGGAGGGCCUCACAUACAUCUUCAGGGUCUGCGCCGAGAACCUGGCUGGCCCCGGGCCCUUCAGCGAGCCCAGCGACCGCACCGUGGCCAUGGACGCCAUCAUGACCCCUGGCCCCCCCACCCCCUGGAUCGUGGACACAGGGAAGGACUCUGUGAUCGUGGCCUGGAAGCCGCCUCUGUACAACGGAGGAGGAGACAUCCUGGGGUACCACCUGGAGAAGGUAUUGGUGGGAGAGAAGGAAUGGAGCCGCUGCACAGAGUUCAGGUGUAAGGAGCUGACGUACACGGUGACGGGUCUGACCGAGGGCGGCGACUACUACAUCCGCGUCAUCGCCAUCAACGACGCGGGCCCCGGAGCGCCCGGCGUGACCGAGCCCGUCACCGUCACAGAGCCUCAAGAGCCUCCCACUGUGGACUUGGACUCCUCGGUGAAGAACGGCGUGAUGAUCAAAGCGGGCGAGACGCUGCGGCUGCCCGCCAUGGUGACUGGCCGGCCCCAGCCCGAAAUCAAGUGGGCCAAAGAUGAGGCAGAACCAGACAAGGAUCGCGUGAUCGUGGAGACGGAGGGCAAGAAUACGGCUCUGUUCAUCAGGAAGGCCGUGAGGGCGGAUCACGGGAAGUACCAGGUCACCGGAACCAACAGCAGUGGGACCAAGACCGCCGAGACCCGCGUGGACGUCAUGGACGUCCCCGGGCCCGUGGUGGACCUGAAGACGGUGGUGGUGACAAAGAAAAAUAUCACACUCACCUGGUCCGACCCGCUGGACAACGGGGGCAGCGACAUCAUCGGCUAUGAGGUUCUGAGGAAGGACGCCAAGAUGAAGCUGUUCCGCCAGCCUAUCGAGACGGCGUCCUGCAAGUGCGACGUGCAGGGCCUGCUGUCCGGAGAGGAGUACGACUUCAGGGUCGUCGCCCGCAACAAGUACGGAGAUGGAGCGCCCGCAGACCUCGGGCCCAUCCUGGCUGAGGAUCCCAAAGGCACCCCGUCCGCCCCGGAGAAGCUGCACUACACCGACCGCGGUAAGAGCUCCAUCACGCUGGCCUGGGAGCCGCCGCGCACCGACGGGGGCAGCCCCAUCCUGGGCUACUAUGUGGAGAAGAUGCGCUCCGACGGCAGCGAGUUUGAGGUUGCCAACCGCAAGAUGUUCACCGAGUGCUGCGGCACGCUGGAGAAUCUGUCGGAAAACCAGGAGUACCAGUUCCGCGUGAAGGCCGUCAGCGAGGUCGGAGACGGAGAACCAUCCAAACCCAUCAGCGCCAAGAUCCAGGACGACGAGAUCUCUCCGGUCAUCACCAUCCUGAAGUUCUUUAAGAGUAACUCAAUCAGCGUGCGAAAAGGUUCGGCCAUCGACGUCCCGGCCGAGGUGCGGGGGCUCCCGCUGCCUGCGCUGCGCUGGAUGAAGGACGACGUGCUGCUGGAGAAACCUGACGAGGACAAGAUGACCCUAGAGACAGAGGAGGUGACCCGGACGACUCUCAGGACAAAGAUUGCCAUCCCAGAAACCAUCAGGCAGGACAAAGGCAACUAUAAGCUGCUGGCGGAGAACUGCUGGGGAAAAGCGGAGUAUGCCAUCCGGGUGGAGAUAUUCGACCGUCCUCUUCCUCCGAGGAACGUCAUCGUCUCCGACAUCAAGGCGGAUUCCUGCUACCUGACCUGGGACGCUCCGGAGGACAACGGGGGCAGCGACAUCACCAACUACAUCGUGGAGCGCCGUGACGCCAGCAAGAAGAAGUCCGACUUCGAGGUUCUGACCAUUCACCUCAUCGACCGGAGAUACGGGGUGUACAAGCUGAACCUGAACGGUGUAUAUCAGUUCCGGAUCAAAGCGGUGAACAAGUACGGCGAGAGCGACGGCUGCGACUCGGAGAAGGUGCAGCUGCGCGACCCCUUCGGCCUCCCUGGACCCCCGCGUCACCCCAAGAUUAUCGGGGCCACGGGCACCACCAUGACGCUGACCUGGGACCCCCCGCUGGACAACGGUGGCUCCAGCAUACAGGGCUACUGGCUGGAGAAGAGGGAGCGUGGCGCCGUGUACUGGGGCCGUGUGAAUCGGGCCCCGGUCACCAAGCCGUCGGUGAAGGGUCUGCAGUACACCGUGCUGAAGCUCAUCGAGGGCUCCGAGUACCAGUUCAGGAUCUCAGCCUGCAACGCCGCAGGCGUAGGCCCGCCCUGUGAGGCCACCGAGUGCCGCCUCGCCAUGGACCCCUGCAACCCCCCCAGCCCCCCCGGAUCCCCCGAGGUGAAAGACAAAACUAAGAGCAGCAUCACGCUCGGCUGGAGCCCACCGGACAGAGACGGCGGCAGCCCCGUCAAAGGUUACAUCAUCGAGGUGCACGAGGAGGGCUCUCCUGAUUGGAGGAGGGUGAACCCUGCCGACAAGCUCCACCCCUCCACCGAGAUCACCGUCCCCGACCUGAAGGAGGGCAAGAAGUGCCGCUUUAGGAUCUACGCCGUCAACGCUGCCGGCAACUCAGAGCCCGCCAAGACUGGAGACGUGCUGGUGCAGGACAUCCUCAUUGAGCCGACGCUGUCUUUGGACGUGAACGCUCACGACCUCCUGACCUGCAGAGCGGGGACAACCCUCCGGAUCCCCGUCACCGUCAGCGGACGCCCCGUCCCCAAAGUCACCUGGAACUUCGACGGGAUGGCAGAGACGGAGAAGAAGAACGAGCUCCACAUGCUGCCCGUCGACUCCGAGAUCCACUCCACAGACACCAGCUCGGUGGUUCUGAUCCCGGAGAGCAAACUGAACCACAGCGGGCGCUUCAUCAUUAAUGCCGAGAGCCUCGCCGGACACAAGCUGCUCAAAGUUCGCGUCAACGUGCUCGACCUGCCUGGCGCUCCUAGAGACCUGAAGGUGAGUGACGUGACCAGAGGAACCUGCAGACUCACCUGGAAACCUCCAGAGAGCGACGGAGGAGAGAGAGUCAAGAGCUACUUCAUCGAGAAGAAGACGGUGAACGGCAAAGCCUGGACCAAGGUGAACCCGGCCUGUGCGGCUCAGUCUCUGGUGGUUCCAGAUCUCAUCAAUGGUCAAGAUUAUCUGUUCCGGAUCCGCGCCGAGAAUCGCUUCGGCUUCGGCCCGCUCGCCGAGACCGAACAGGGAACCAGAACCACGGACCCGAUCCAUCCUCCCGAUCCUCCAACCAGGCUGAAGAUCCAGAGCGUGAAGAAAGGCGCCGUCAGUCUGACCUGGAGGGCUCCGAAGAAUGACGGUGGCGCGCCCGUCACGCACUACAGUGUGGACCUGCUCUGCUGGGAGGCCAGCGGCACCGCCAAGGACUCCUGGAGGAGGUGCAACAGGAGAGACGUGGACUGCACCAACUUCAAGGUGGAGGAUCUGACAGAGGGAGACGAGUACGAGUUCAGGGUGGUGGCGUACAACGAGGCCGGACCCAGCCGACCGUCGACCACCGUCGGACCCAUCCUGCUGCAGGACCAGACCUGCGCUCCGUCGAUCGAGCUGCAGGAGUUUAUGGAGGCGGAGCAGCGCUCCGACGUCAGCAUUGUGGCGAAGGUGCGUGGCUGCCCUUUCCCCACACUCACCUGGUACAAGGCCCCCCCGCACCGGCCCGAGGACCGAGUGGAAGUCCAGUACGACGAACACAUCAACAAGAUGGUGUCCGAUGACAGCUGCACGCUGCUCAUCCAGCAGAGCCAGAGGCCCGACACCGGCCUGUACACGCUGCAGGCCUGCAACAGCAUCGGCAAAGCCUGCAGGGAGAUGAGGCUCAACGUGCUCGGCCGGCCAGGUCCUCCCUCCGCUCCCAUAAAGUUCGAGGAGAUUGGCGCCGAGAGGAUCACGCUGUCCUGGCUGCCGCCGAAGGACGACGGCGGCUCCAAAGUCACAAACUACGUGAUCUGGCGGCGCGUGGCCAACAGGAAGACGUGGGUGAACGUCACCAACGAGCCUAAAGAGCGCGUGUGGACGGUGGAGAGCCUGAUGGCCGGGCACGAAUAUGUGUUCCGCAUAAUGGCGCAGAACAAGUACGGCAUCGGAGAGCCACUGGACAGCGAGCCCGAGAUUGCCAGGAACCUCUACACCGUCCCUGGUCAGUGUGAGAAGCCAACGGUCGGUGGCGUCACGCUGGACUCCAUGACGGUCAGCUGGGAGGAGCCGGAGGACGACGGCGGCACGCCGAUCACCGGCUACUGGCUGGAGAGAAAGGAGACGACGGGAAAACGCUGGACCCGCGUCACCCGGGACCCCAUCCGUCCCAUGGGCAUGGGCGAGUCCUUCGUGGUGAGUGGGCUUAUCGAGGGCUCGCAGUACCUGUUCAGGGUGUCCGCUAUCAACGCCGCUGGGCCCGGAGCCGCCAGCCCCCCUACAGACCCCAUCUUCGCCAGAGACCCCAUCGCCCCGCCCUCUCCCCCGACCCCAAAGGUUUCUGAUUGGACGAAGUCCUCCGUGGACCUGGAAUGGAUCCCUCCUCUGAAGGACGGCGGCUCCAAGAUCAUCGGAUACUGGGUGGAGCACAAGGAGGAGGGCACCGAGGUCUGGGUUAAGGCAAAGGAGACUGAAAUCCGCGGCACCCGGCUUGUGAUUGCCGGUCUGAAAACGGGUGGCAAAUACAAGUUCAGAGUGACUGCGUUCAACGCUGCCGGUAACGGUGAGCCAGGAGAAGUCCCCGAGGUGCUCGAGGUCAACGACAGAACCAUUGCUCCCGAGGUGGACCUGGACGCCUCCGUGAAGGAGAGGAUGGUGGUACACGCCGGCGGAGUGAUCCGUAUAAUCGCCUACGUGUCGGGCCAGCCAGCCCCCGAGGUCACGUGGAGCAGAGACGGUGCAGCGCUGCCUCUUGAGGCUAAAGUAGAGACGACUGCCAUUAGUUCGUCUCUGGUCAUCAAACCCUGCGCCAGGAAGCACCUCGGCGUCUACACGCUGACUGCUAAGAAUGCCGGCGGGGAGAAGACGAAGAACAUCACCGUGGAAGUUCUGGACGUCCCCGGGCCCGUGGGCAUCCCCUUCUCUGCAGAGAACCUGAGUAGCGAGUCCUGCAAGCUCAACUGGUUCUUCCCCGAGAACGACGGCGGCUCUCCCAUCAGCAACUACAUCAUCGAGAAGCGCGAGGCCGAGCGUAAGGCCUGGACCGCUCUGUCCUUCACUGCCAGCAGGCAGAACGCUAUAGCUCAGGGCCUGACCACUGGGAAGUCCUACUUCUUCAGAGUGGCCGCCGAGAAUGCCAUCGGCAUCGGACCCUUCAUGGCGACCUCAGCCGAGCUCCUCAUCAAGGAGCCCAUGAGUGUACCGGACCGCCCCGAGGAGCUCGAGGUCACCAAAGUCACCAAGGAUUUGAUCAGCGUCACUUGGAAGGCGCCCAAGUUUGACGGCGGCUCAGAGAUCACCAUGUACAUCCUGGAAGCGCGUAUGAUUGGCAAAGACAAGUAUAGCAGGCUGACAAAGGAGAAGCUGAUGGAGAGGAAGUACACGUACGACGGCCUGAGGGAGGGAGACACUUAUGAAUUCAGGGUCAUCGCCGUCAAUGAGAUCGGACCCAGCAAGCCGUCCUUCUCCACCAAACCAAUCACUUGCAAGGACGAGCUGGAGCCACCCACCAUCGAGCUGGACUUCCGCGAUAAAAUCAUCAUCCGUGUGGGCGAAAGCUGCCUGCUGCAGGGCCGCUACACCGGCAAGCCUUCUCCGUCCAUCAUGUGGUACCGAGACGACGACGAGCUGAAGGCUGACAAACAUAUCAUGUUCAAGAACACGCUGACCACCAUGUCGUUCGGCCUGAUGAAGGCUCAGCGCGAGCACAGCGGCAGAUACGUGGUGGUAGUGGAGAACAGCACUGGGUCCAGGAAGGGAGUCUGCAACAUCACCGUGGUUGACCGCCCGACUCCUCCUGUCGGCCCCGUGGUGUUUGAUGAGGUGCACAGAGAGUUCAUGGUGGUCUCCUGGAAGCCUCCUCUGGACAGUGGCGGCGUAGAUGUCUCCAACUACAUCAUCGAGAAUAGAGACAUCAACAGAGAUGCCUGGACCACCGUGACGUCCGCCAACACCAAGACCUUCUGCAAGAUCCCCAAGCUAACGGAGGGCAGGGAGUACAUCAUGAGGAUCUCUGCAGAGAACAUGUACGGCAUCAGCGACCCGCUGGACUCCGAGGAGAUGAGAGCCAAAGAUCUCUUCAGAGUCCCAGAGGCCCCGGAGAUGCCCACGGUCAGGGAGGUGUAUGGCACAAACGCUCUGGUGCUGUGGUCCCGGCCUCGCGAUGGCGGGAAACCCAUCACCAACUAUAUCCUGGAGAAGAAGGAGCCCACCGCCAAGAGGUGGUCCAGAGCCACCCGAGACCCGCUGUACCCGGCCACCCAGUACCGGGUCCAGGACCUGGUGGAAGGAUGCGAGUACGAGUUCAGGGUGAUGGCUGAGAACGAGCUCGGCACCGGUGACCCCAGCGUCCCCUCCAAACCCAUCCUCGCCAAAGACCCCAUCGUGUGCCCCAGCCCCCCUGUGACCCCCGAGUCCUACGAUAAGACCAAGGACUCGGUCAGCCUGAGGUGGAAGAUGCCCCGCCACGACGGUAAGGGCCGUAUCUUCGGCUACCUGGUGGAGUACCAGAAGCCCGGUACCGUGGAGUGGUCCCCGGCCAACGAGACCCCGGAGCAAUGCCCCGACCUGCACUACGUGGCUACAGGCCUGGAGGACGGACAGGAGUACAAAUUCAGGAUCUUCACCGUCAACGCCGCCGGCAAAUCUGAGCCCGCCCACGUCAAGCAGACCAUCAAAGUCCAUGACAGGAUGGAGGAGCCAGAGCUUCUGUUGGACGCCAACAUGGCUCGUGACCACCUGGCCAUGCUGGGCUCCGACAUCACCCUGAGCGCCACCAUUAAAGGAGUCCCCACGCCCUCCGUCAGCUGGAAGAAGAAUGAUGGAGACGUCCCCACUCACAUCACCGUGGCCGUCACCACCAGCACCAGCAAAGUCUUCAUCCCCAAGAGCGUCCGGGCAGACUCCGGCAACUACACCAUCACUGUGGAGAACGCUGCCGGGAAGAAAUCUGCCACCGUCGCUGUGCUCGUGCUGAACAAGCCCUCUCCUCCCAGAGACCUGGCGAUCUCUGAGAUCACCAGCGAGUCUGCCUACCUGACGUGGAAGGUUCCUGAAGACAAUGGCGGUGCCGUCAUCUCCCACUAUGUGGUGGAGAAGAAGGACGUGGCCGCCGAGCAGUGGGUGCCCGUCUCUCCAGCCAAUAAGAAGCCGAGUCUGAUGGCCAUGUACCUGAUGGAAGGAAUCCAGUACCUGUUCAGGGUGGCUGCUGAGAACCAGUUUGGCAGGAGCGACUACGCGGUGACCAAGACACCCAUCAAGGCUCUCGACCCUCUCUAUCCUCCUGGUCCGCCCAAAAACCUGCACCACACCGAUGCAGACAAGACGGAGGUGUGGUUGGCAUGGGAGUGGCCCGACCGCACCGGUGGAAGUGAAAUCACCGGCUUCAUCGUAGAGCACCAGGAAGACGGCCAGACUGACUGGGUCCCCUUCAAGACCGUCAGCAACAACCACGCACACGUCACUGGGCUGGUGGAGGGCAAGACUUACCGCUUCAGGGUCAAGUCUCAAAACGCCAUCGGUGUAAGCCGCCCCGAUACCACCGUCCCUGUCACCUGUCAGGAAAAGACAUUGCCACCAACUAUUGAGGUUGAUGUGAAGCUCAUUGAGGGUCUUGUUGUCAAAGCUGGCAUUGCUAUUGCCCUUCCAGCCAAGAUGACAGGCAUUCCCAUUCCCACUGCCAAAUGGAUGACCGAUGGCAAGGAAAUCACAUCUGAGGGCCGCUAUCACAUUGAGUCUGCUGGAUCCUCAACCAUCCUCAGUAUCCCUAAGACCCAGAGGGGAGACACCGGAGAGUAUAUCCUCACUGUGGCCAAUCCUGCAGGCAGCAAAUCUGUCGCCCUGCACAUCACAGUGCUGGAUCUCCCAGGUCCACCCAUCUCACCGAUCAAUAUCUUGGAGGUCACCCCUGAUUACAUGAUGAUCCAAUGGAGGGCUCCCAAGGACGAUGGUGGCACGCCCAUCACCAACUACGUGGUGGAAAAGAAGGAUGUGAAAAAGCCGUGGGAGCCCUGGUCCGUCGUUAGCUCUAGUGGCACCAGCACUAAGGCCAAGGUGUCCAGGCUGGAGAAGGGUCGCGAGUACAUCGUCCGUGUCCGUGCAGAGAAUAAGAUUGGCCUCGGCGCAGGGCUCGAGAGUCCUCCCACUAUUGCCAAGCACAUGUAUAACCCUCCAGGUCCACCAGGUCUGCCAGAGUGCUCUGAUAUCACUGAGAAUGCUGUGACAGUCGAGUGGACCCUGCCUGACUAUGAUGGAGGCAGCCCUAUCAGUGGAUAUGUGAUUGAACGCAGAGAAAUGACAGGAAAGUGGAUCCGUGUCAACAAAACUCCUGUGCUAGACCUCAGAUACAGAGUCACAGGCCUGUUUGAAGGCAACAGCUACGAGUUCAGAGUGUUUGCCGAGAACAUUGCUGGUAUCAGCGAGCCUUCUGCCAACUCUGACUCCAUCAAGGCCACUCGUGCCAUCACCAAACCCGGACCCCCUGGCAAUCUUAAAUUGAAGGACUGGAGCAAGUCCUAUGCUGACAUCUGCUGGACCAAGCCAACCAGAGACGGAGGCAGUCCUAUUCUCGGCUAUGUGGUUGAGGUUCAGAAAUCAGGAUCUGCCCAGUGGGACAGAAUCAACAAGGACCUUAUCAAGAUGUGCGCCUACAGAGUGCAAGGCCUCAUUGAAGGAAUGGAGUACAGAAUUCGCAUCAGAGCCACCAACAAGGUUGGAGACAGUGAACCCAGGGAUCUGGCUGAGACUAUUUUAGCAAAGGACAUUCUGGUGCCCCCUGAGGUCAUUGUUGACGCGUCCUGUCGCGACUCUUUGACGGUCAGGGCAGGUCAGAUCAUAAGUUUGAUCACCAGGGUGAAGGGCAGACCAGAUCCAGAGAUCACAUGGACCAAGGAUGCCAGAGCCAUGACCCGGGACAAACGCACUGAGAUGAACAACAAUUACCCUGUGUGUGAACUUGUCAUCAAUGAAGCAGUCAGAUCAGACUACGGUAAAUAUGCCAUUGUUGCCAAGAACAGUAGUGGACAGGCACAGGCCACCAUUAUUGUCAACGUCCUGGACACACCGGGAUCUUGCCAGAACCUGAAAGUGGCCUACGUGACCAAGAACUCCUGCAUGGUGUCCUGGGAGAACCCUGAGGACAAUGGAGGCACUGAGAUCAAUCAAUACAUUAUUGAGUGCCGUCAGCCCAGCCAGAGAGGAUGGACUGUGGUCGCCAAUGACUGCACCAAGCGCCAGAUUAAGGCCCCUCUUAGUGAAGGCUGCGAGUACUUCUUCCGUGUCAGCGCAGAAAACAAGAUCGGUGCCGGUCCAUCAAUUGAGUCCAAGGCACCUGUGCUGGCAGUGGAUCCCAUUGAGAAGCCUGGUGAACCCAUUGACUUCCUCAUCUCCGAGAUCGGCAAGACCUUCUGUUUCCUCAAGUGGAAGAAGCCAGACUACGAUGGUGGUAGCCGUAACCUGGGUUAUCAUGUUGAGAAGAAGCCAAAGGAGGCUGAGGAUUGGGAGAGGCUUCACAAGGGUGCUAUCAAAGAGACUUACUUCAUGGCUGACAGGUGCAUCGAAAACCAGAUCUACCAGUUCAGAGUACAGACAAAGAAUGAGGGCGGUGAGAGCAACUGGGUGACCACACCUGAAGUCCUGGUUAAGGAACAGCUUGUGGAACCCGAAGUCAAGAUCAAACUGGAUGCGACCCUUGUGGUCAAGGCAGGAGACUCUAUUCCUAUUGAAGCCAUAGUGAAGGGCAAACCUCAGCCUGAUGUCAAAUGGACCAAAGAUGAGAACACACGUGAGAUAAAGAAGGGCCUCAGGCAUAUGCUUGAAACAGGUUCUGACUUCUCGAAGCUGUUGAUUACCGGCGCCAGACGCACAGACAGUGGUACAUAUAUUGUCACUGCCACCAACAGUGCAGGAACCGGCUCUGCUCACGCUAAGGUCAAUGUACUGGAUAGACCCGGCCCCAUCAUGGAUCUCAAGGUGUCUGGUAUCACCAUCGACAGGUGCCAUUUGGCCUGGGAAAUCCCAGAGGAUGAUGGUGGCUGCGAAAUCUACAACUACAUUAUUGAGAAAUGUGAGACCAAGAGGGGAGUCUGGUCGGUCCACUCGAACGCCGUCAUCACCAACAAAGCUAACGUCACACGUCUCAUCGAAGGCAAUGAGUACAUCUUCAGAGUUCGUGCUGAGAAUAAGAUGGGUCCUGGCCCCGCGGUAGAGAGUGAGGCCAUUGUCGCUGGUACCCAGUUCAGUGUACCUGGCGCUCCAGAGGUACCGGAGGUCACUAAGAUCUCCAAGGAGGAGAUGAUAGUGCAGUGGUGCGAGCCCGAGAGGGACGGAGGAAAGUCCAUCAUCGGUUAUCUGUUGGAGAAGAGGGAAGAGCAUGCCGUGAGGUGGUCUCCUGUCAUCAAGGAUCCAAUCCCUUCAACCCGCUACACCGUUUCUGGACUCCUGCCCCUCCAUGACUACCAGUACAGAGUCAAGGCUGUCAAUGAAAUUGGUAUUGGCAGCCCAAGCAAGCCAUCACUCGCCAUCACUGCCAAGGACACAGUUGAGCCUCCUGCACCUCCUACCAACAUGAAGGUCCUGGACAGCACCAGGUCCAGCUUCACAUUGGGCUGGACCAAGCCUGUAUCCGACGGUGGAGCUCCCAUCAUCGGCUAUGUUGUGGAGAUGAGGGUGCAGGGAAGCUCCAAGAAAGGAGACGAUGGUUGGAAGAGGUGCAACGUGGCAGCUCAGCUGGUAGUGUGCGAGUUCACGGUCUCGAGUCUGGAUGACAAGCUUGUGUAUGAAUUCAGAGUGUCGGCUCAGAACCAGGUGGGCAUGAGCCUGCCCUGCGACCUGGAGGGGGCUGUGAUCCCCAGGGAAAUACUAGAGGCUCCAGAUAUCAACCUGGACGCCAGCCUGAAGCAGGGCCUGACGGUGAGGGCCGGCUGUCCCAUCAGACUAUGUGCCACCAUCAGAGGCAGACCACCUCCCACGGUCACAUGGAGAAGGAUGGGAAUCGACAACGUGAUCAGGAAGGGCAAAGUGGACAUCAUUGACACCAUGACCUUCCUGGUCAUUCCCGACAGCACCCGCAACGACUCUGGCAAAUACUGCCUGACGCUACGGAGCCCCGCCGGAGAGAAGGCUGUCUUUGUCAAUGUGAAGGUUCUUGACACUCCGGGCCCAGUGGUGAACCUGGAAGCUGCCGACGUCAAACAGACGUCAGCCAUGCUCUCCUGGAGUCCUCCGGAUAUUGACGGUGGCAGCAAGAUCACGCACUACGUCGUGGAGAAGCGCGAGAUCGAUCGCAAGACGUGGGCAACCGUGAAGGUCGAAGUAGAGAAGGAUAAGGUUCCCUUCAAAGUCAGCGGCCUGAUGCCGGGCACCGAGUAUUACUUCAGAGUCACGGCCGUCAACGAGUACGGUCCAGGAGUCCACAAAGUGUCCCCCACAUCCUACAUGGCCUCCGAUCCUGUCAGCAAGCCCGAUCCUUGUGAGAAGAUCGAGGUUCUGGAGAUCACGAAGAACAGCGCUGCAGUCGGCUGGGUGAAGCCGGCGAGGGACGGCGGGGCCAAGAUUGAUGGUUAUGUGAUUGAAUAUAUCGAAGUGAAACCUCCUACAGAGCCUCCAGCACCUGUGGAGGUUCCUGAGGGAAAGGAAGCUCCUCCAUCUCUUCCAUCUCCUCCCGUGGUGGAGGAGGAUGAGGACGCGGAGCCGGAGCAGGAAGUGUGGAACGCCUACACCACGGUGAAGGGUCUGAGCAUCAGCAUCAGCGGCUUGAAAGAGAGCAAGAGGUACAAGUUCAGAGUGGCUGCCAAGAACAUCAUGGGCCAGAGCUCCUUCACCGAGACCCGGGAGCCCAUCGAGAUCAAGGAGCAGAUCAUGGAGCCAAAGAUCAUCAUGCCGGAGACGGUGAGCGCCAGAGCCGGAGCCAAGCUCAGGGUGGAGGCGCUGGUUUCAGGGAAACCCUCCCCGACCUGCAGGUGGAUGCGCGGUGAGGAAGCUGUUGUGCCGUCCAGCCGCCUGGCCGUGCACCAGUCCGGAAGCAUGUCUGUCCUGAUCAUCAAAGACGUGUCGAGGACGGACAGUGGCGAGUACAGCCUGGUGGCUGAGAACAGAUCUGCAAAGGUGGUCGAGUCACUGAAGAUCAUCAUUAGAGACAUCCCGGGUCCUCCCGAGGGCCCCGUGGUGAUCAGCGACAUUGACUCUGAUGCCUGCUCCCUUUCCUGGAACAAGCCCCUGGAGGACGGAGGCAGCAACAUCACCAACUACGUCGUGGAGAAGUGUGAUCUGAGCAGAGGCGACUGGGUGACGGCCACCUCGUCCGGAGGUCAGAAGACCAGCUGUAGGCUCGGGAAGCUCAUCCCCGGGAAAGAUUACGUGUUCCGCAUCCGAGCCGAGAACCGUUUCGGCAUGUCGGACCCCAUGCAGUCCGACAGGAUGGUGGCGAAGUUCCCCUUUGAUGUUCCCACUGAGCCCCUGAACUGCCGCAUCAACAAGACCAACAAGGACUGCAUGUUCGUGGCUUGGGAUAAGCCCGACAGCGACAGCGGCAGUCCCAUAACGGGUUACUACAUUGAACGUAAGGAGAGGAACAGCCUGCUGUGGGUGAAGGCCAACGACACCGUGGUCCGCACCACUGAGUACCCAUGUGCCGGCCUCAUCGAGGGCCUGGAGUACACAUUCAGGGUGUCCGCCAUCAACCGCGCCGGCCAGGGCAAACCCAGCAAGAAGACGGACUUUGUGACUGCGAGAACGCCUGUCGACACUCCAGGUAAACCAGAGAUCCUGGAUGUGACCAAGAACUCCGUGGUUCUGGUUUGGACCCGUCCCAAGAACGACGGCGGCAGUAAGAUCAUCGGGUACUACGUGGAGGCACUGCGGUUGCCGGGAGACUCGUGGGUCCGCUGCAACACCAGCAGCCAGAACGUGCCGCGGGAGGAAUACACAGUGACGGGUCUGGAGCGGGACCUGCAGUACCAAUUCAGGGUCAUCGCCAAGACCACCGUCAACAUCAGCAAAGCCUCGGAGCCCAGCGAGCCAGUGCUCGUCUGCGCCGAGAACGUGCCCCCGAGGGUGGAGGUCAACUCCAAGAUGCAGAAGGGUGUGAGGGUGAAGGCGGGCUCCACCAUCCUGCUGGAAGCCGAGGUGUUUGGGAAGCCGAUGCCCAGAGUUACGUGGAAGAGAGGCGAGGACAGCCUGAAGUCAGCGGAGGGCCAGGUCCUCACGCAGCACAGGAACCACUUCCAGCUGGAGAUGACGGCCGUCACCAAGGAGCACACAGGGACCUACAGCAUCCUGGCCGUGAACGCCAGCGGCUCCAAGAGCGCUGAGAUCCAGGUGGUCGUCCUGGAUGUGCCCGGCCCUCCUGCCAGUGCUAAGUAUGUUGAGGUGUUUGCCAUGAGUAUCAAGACGUCCUGGGAGCCUCCUCUGCAGGACGGCAGCACUUCCAUCACCAACUAUAUUGUGGACAAGCGUGAGACCAGCAGAGCCAACUGGGCUCAGGUCUCCUCCAAGAUCAAGGGCGAUGUCCUGGAGCUCAAUGUGGAGAAGCUCAUCGAGGGUCACGAGUACCAGUUCAGAAUCCGUGCUGAGAACACGUGGGGCGUCGGAGACCCCCUCGUCACCGCGCCCGUCAUCGCCAAGAACCCGUUCACCGUUCCUGGCACCUGCGAGGCCCCGGUGGUCACCAACGUGACCAGGCACCGUAUGACUGUGAGCUGGAAGGAGCCCCUGGAUGAUGGGAAGUCCACCAUCCUGGGAUACAUGCUGGAAAAGAAAGAGAUCAAGGAUCUGAACUGGACCAAGCUGAGCAGGAAGCCUAUGAUGGAGAGGAGCCUGGGCUUCACGGGUCUCACGGAGGGCUCCGAGUACGAAUUCAGAGUCAGUGCCGUCAACGCGGCGGGGCAGGGGAAACCCAGCGAGCCGUCCGCUACCACCACCGCACAGAAUCCUAUCACCCCUCCUGGCCCCGUGGUGAACCCCAGUGUGACAGACACAACCAACAGCACCAUCAGCCUGAGCUGGACCGCCCCUGCCAACAAUGGUGGCAGCCCCGUCAUUGGAUACUUGGUGGAGUGCAAGAAGGGCGAGGCCAAAGACUGGGUCCGCUGCAACGUGCCCAGGAACCUGCAGGAGACCAGCUACUCCAUCCAGAACCUGGAGCACAAGGCAGAGUACCAGUGCCGCAUCACGGCCAUCAACAAGGUCGGCUUCGGCGAGCCCGUGGAGGUACCGGGCAAGCACGUCGCCAAGGACAUCAUUAUUCCACCAGAGGCCGAGCUGAGUGCGGAGCUGAAGGCGGGCUUGGAGCUGCACGCCGGCACCACCAUGAGGCUACAGGCCACCAUCAAGGGCAGCCACGCUCCCAGGAGCAUCUGGGCCAAGAUGAACACCAACAUCAAGGACCGGCAGGGCGUUAUCAUGAAAUCCUCCAACACCGACACCUUGUUGAUGGUGGAGAACGUGAACAGAUACGAUGCUGGGAAAUACAUCCUGAGCUUGGAGAGCUCGGCCGGCAUGAAAAUGUACACCAUCGUGGUCAAGGUCUUUGAUACUCCCGGACCUCCCACCAACCUGAUGGUGAAAGAGUCCUGCAAGGACAGCGCCUCCAUCUACUGGGACACUCCUCUGAUCAACGGCGGCUACGAAGUCACCCACUACAUCGUGGAGAAGCGUGACACGGAGAGGAAGGCCUGGUCCAUCGUCUCCAACAACUGCGCCAUGACAUCCUUCAAGGUGCCAGACCUGGACGCCGGGCGCUCCUACUGCUUCAGAGUGUCAGCGGUGAACCAGCUCGGUGUCGGAGAGUGCUGCGAGACGGCCGACUCAGUCAAAGCAUCUGAGGAACCGGGACCGGUCAUGGACUUCAAGACUCUACUGAUCACCAAGGACUCCUGCACCCUGAGCUGGAAGAAACCCCUCACCGACGGAGGCAGCCGCAUCAUCUGCUACCUGCUGGAGGUGCUCAACGGGGAAGACAAGUACAAGGAGCUGAUGAGGUCCAAGAACAUGCAGUACAGUGCCAAGGACCUGGUGGAGGACCGGGAGUACAACUACAGAGUGAAGGCUGUGAACGACUCCGGAGAGAGCGCCACCAAGGAGCUGGUGGUGGUCGCCAAGGACCAGAUCAUUCAUCCCAGCUGUGACCUGAGGGAGUUGCCCAACAUGUGCUACAUCGCCAAGGAAGGCAGCACCGUGCGUCUGAAGAUCCCCAUCAUUGGCAAACCUACGCCCAAGGUCUCCUGGAAGAAAGGAGAUGAGGAGAACCUGACAGACAGUGGCCGGGUGUGUGCAGAGUCUUCUGCUGUCAACACCACCCUCCUGAUCCGGGACUGCCAGAGGAGCGAUGCCUCCAAGUACACCAUCACCCUAAGGAACAGCGCGGGAAGCAAGGAGUCCGCCAUCUUCAUCAGGGUGGUGGGGAAACCUGGCAUCCCAAUUGGACCCGUGAAGUUCAAAGACGUUACUGCGGACGGUGCAACGCUGAAGUGGGUCGCUCCGAAGGACGACGGUGGCUCUGAGAUCACAAACUACAUCCUGGAGAAGAGGGACUUUGUCACCAACAUGUGGGUGACUGUGUCCUCCACCGUGGAGAGCAACAGCAUGAGGGUGACCGGCCUCCACGAGGGCACCGAGUACAUCUUCAGAGUCUGCGCUGAGAACAAGUACGGCGUCGGAGAGGGACUCAAGUCCGACCCCAUCGUUGCUAAACAUCCAUUCAAUGUUCCCGAUGCUCCUCCUCCACCUGAGAUUAUGAGCAUGCGGCACAACUCUGCUUACCUGGCUUGGAAUGACCCCAGGAAGACUGGAGGGUCCCCCAUCACAGGCUACUUUGUUGAGUUCAAGGAGAGGAACAGUAUGCUGUGGAAGAGGACGAGCCCGAGUGCCCUGAGGAUGAAGGAGCACAAAGUAACAGGGCUGACUGAAGGUCUGGAGUACGAGUUUAGAGUCAUGGCGACUAAUCUGGCCGGCACCGGCAGACCGAGCGCCCCCACCGAUCCACAGGUGGCCCUGGACCCCAUCGAUGCCCCUGGGAGACCUGAUGUGAUCAGCAUCACCAGAAGCACCGUGACCCUGCAGUGGAGCGAGCCGCAGUUCGAUGGCGGCCACAGACUGACCGGCUACAUCGUGGAGCGCCGCGAUCUGCCCUCGAAGAUCUGGGUGAAAGCCAACACUGUGAAUGUUGUGGACCCGGCUUACACUGUCACCGACCUGCAGGAGGGCUGCAAGUACGAGUUCAGGAUCAGGGCGAAGAACUCCGCCGGUGCUCUCAGCCCGCCCUCGGAGCAGACGGAUACCAUCAUCUGCUCAGAUGAAUAUGCUGCCCCGACCAUCAUUAUCGAUGCUCAGGUGAUGGAGGGUCUGACCGUCCGAGCCGGCGAUACCAUUGUAAUCACUGCCACAAGCAUUUUAGGAAAACCUGCACCUACCUCAUGCUGGUCGAAGGGAGGAAAGUAUUUCAAACCCUCUGAUCUGGUUCAUAUCGAGACCACUGCAACUUCUUCCACUCUGUCCGUCAAGUACGCCAGCAGGAAGGACUCCGGGGACUACAUCAUCACUGCCAGCAAUCCCUUUGGUGUAAAGGAGGAAAACGUGAAGGUCACAGUUCUGGAUGCUCCUGGAGUUCCUGGGCCCAUGGAAUGCACCGGCAUCUCCUCUGAGAAGGUCACUCUUACCUGGACAGCUCCCACCAUAGACGGAGGCUCCCCUAUCAAGUACUACACCCUGGAGAAGAGAGAGACCAGCCGCCUGCUCUGGACCAUCCUGGAGGAGAAGGUCAUCGACUGUCACUACGUGGCCAACAAGCUCAUCCAGGGCAACGAGUACUUCUUCAGAGUCUCUGCUGUGAACCAGUACGGCGCUAGUGAGCCAUCUCACUCUGAGGCCGUCAAGAUGGUCGAUAGAUUUGGUCCUCCUGGUCCACCAUCUAAACCAGAGGUUGAGAAAGUUGAUGGACAUUCAGCCACGGUGACCUGGAGGAGGCCGGCUGAGGACGGAGGAAGUGACAUCCUAGGGUACUGUGUGGAGAAGAAGGAGAAAAGGGGGAUGAGAUGGGUCAGGGCGUCCAAGAAAUCCAUCGCUGAGCUCAGCUACGAAGUGACCAGUCUCACCGAGGGCAUUGAGUACGAGUUCCGUGUUCUGGCGGAGAACAAAGCCGGCUUUGGAGAACCGAGUGAACCAUCCAUGACUGUCAGAACCAUAGUGGCCGCCUUUGUGCCUGGACCUCCAGUCAAUCCAAGAGUCACAGACACAACCAAGACCACUGCCACUCUGAACUGGGGGAAACCUCUGGAUAAUGGAGGACUUGAAGUCACUGGAUAUGUGAUUGAGCACAAGAAGGAAGGAGCAGAAGAAUGGGUUAGAGACACCCCUUCAUCUCCACUUAGGAUCACAGAGUUUGUUGUUCCCAAGCUGGAAACUGGUGCAAACUACCACUUCAGAAUAAGCGCUGUGAAUGCUAAGGGAGUGGGUGUACCAGCUGAAACUCAGGAACUGAUUGAGAUUGUGGAGCGUGCAGCUGAACCAGGUUUCGAGCUGGAUAUUGAGCUGAGAAGAACCCUUGUUGUCAGGGCUGGCUGCUCCAUUCGCCUCUUUGUGCCAAUCAAGGGGCGUCCUUCACCUACCGUCACCUGGACCAGGGAGGGGGGUCCUAUCCCGCGCGCAGUCAUUGACAGCACCGAGUCCUUUACAAUGCUGAUCAUCCCAGAGAGUUCGAGAAUUGAUGUGGGUAAAUAUGAACUUACCCUGGAAAACUCUGCUGGAAAGAAGAGUGCCGAUAUAAAUGUGAGAGUCCUUGAUUCACCUGGACCUCCAAUCAACCUGAAACCAAUCAAGAUUGACAAGGACAGCAUUACUCUUCAGUGGGAGAUGCCUCUCAUUGAUGGUGGAGCCAAGAUCACCAACUACAUCAUUGAGAAGAGAGAAUCAACACGCAAGGCUUUUGCUACUGCUAUUACACAUUGUCCGACCACUUCAGUCAGGAUCGGUGACCUGGGUGAAGGCUGUGAGUACUACUUCAGAGUGUCUGCCGAGAAUGAGUAUGGCAUUGGUGAGUCGGUGGAAACUGCUGAUCCAAUUCGUGCAUCACAGGCACCAACUCCUCCAGAGAGUAUUAUUCCUACUGAUAUCACCAAGAACUCUGUUAGCCUGGCUUGGACCAAACCCAAGCACGAUGGUGGAAGCAGAAUUACGGGAUAUGUCCUUGAAGCCCAGAAGAAGGGAUCUGAUCCGUGGACACAUGUAACAGCAGUCAAGACCAUGGACUUCACAGUGAAGAAUCUUAAUGAGAAUGAGGGGUACAUUUUCCGUGUAAUGGCUGUAAACCACUCGGGUAGAAGCGCGCCACGUCAGAGCAAACCUAUUGUUGUCAAGGAUUCUACUUCCCUGCCUCAGUUUGACCUCCGUGGUGUAUGUCAGAAGACUGUUAUUGCCAAGGCAGGAGAUGACAUCAAGGUUGAAAUUCCAGUGAUGGGACGUCCAAGACCAACUAUCUCUUGGCAAAAGGAUGGCGCAGCCCUGAAGCUCACACAGAGAACCAACGCAGAAACCACUGCUGCUACUGUUACUCUCAGCAUCGGUGAAUGCACCAGAGGUGACAGCGGUGUGUACACCAUGACGGGAAAGAAUAUUGUUGGCUCUGUGACAGAAAACAUCAUCGUCAAAGUACAUGAUGUACCCGGGCCCCCGAAAGGACCAGUUAACAUUGUGGAGAUAUCUCGUACCUUUUGCGUCUUUGCAUGGGACACACCUGAGAAUGACGGAGGUGUUCCCAUCAACAACUAUGUGGUUGAGAUCAGAGACACAACUUCCCAAACAUGGACAGAGCUGUCUUCGACUGUAAUCCGUACCAUGUUCAAAGCCAUCCGCUUAACCACUGGAUCAGAGUACCAGUUCAGAGUAAAGGCUAAGAACAGAUAUGGUGUUGGACCUCCCAUCACCUCAGGGGUGGUGGUGGCUGCCUAUCCAUUCAAAGCCCCUGGACCUCCUGGUACUCCUGGUGUUGUCGCAUUUACCAAGGACUCAAUAACAGUUGGCUGGAAUGAGCCUGUGGCUGAUGGUGGAAAUGAAGUCAUUGGUUAUCAUGUUGAGAGGAAAGAAAGAAGCAGCAUCAUGUGGCAAAAGAUCAGCAAGAGCCUUGUAAAAGGAAACCUCUAUAAAUCCACCGGGCUUGAAGAUGGAGUUGCCUAUGAGUUCCGUGUCAUGGCUGAAAACAUGGCUGGAAUUGGUAAGCCCAGCAAGGCUUCAGAAGCAAUACUAGCCUUGGACCCUGUAGACCCACCAGGUCAGCCUGAGCCAAUAUUUGUCAACAAUAAUGUCAUCACCAUUCAGUGGACAAAGCCUGAGUACGAUGGUGGUUUCAAAAUCACUGGCUACACAGUGGAGAAGAAAGAACUGCCUGCUGGCCGCUGGAUGAGGGCCAACUUUACCAACAUCACUGAGACGGCAUUCACUGUCAGCGGACUGACUCAAGACGCCUCCUAUGAGUUCCGUGUUAUGGCCAGAAACUCAGCAGGUGCAGUGAGCGUGCCCUCUGAUGCCUCUGACCCAAUUAUCUGCAAAGAUGACAUUAUUGAGCCACGCAUUAUGGUUGAUGCCAUCUUUAAGGAUAUUGUUCUACUGAAGGCAGGAGAGUCCUUCAAGCUUGAUGCUGACAUUGCUGGUCAACCAACCCCAUCUAUGAUUUGGACCAAGAAUGGAAAGGAGGUUGAGAACACGAUGAAGUUGGAGGUCAGGUUCACAGAACUGACAACCACUCUGACUAACAAGGACUCUGUCAGAUCAGAUGGAGGAGAAUUUAUUUUGACUGCCACUAAUGUCGGUGGAUUUGCUAAGCACAUCUUUAACGUUAAAAUACUUGACAGACCUGGACCACCAGUUGGACCUAUGGAGGUAUCUAAUGUCAACGCUGAAAACUGUGUACUAACCUGGGCUCCACCUGCAGAUGAUGGAGGUGCUAAGAUUGAAGGAUACGUGAUUGAGAAGCGCGAGUCAAGCAGACUUGUUUGGACCAAUGUGGUUUCAGACCUGCAAGUUACACAAUACAAGGUGACCAAGCUGCUCAAAGGAAAUGAAUACAUAUUCAGAGUUAUGGCUGUAAACAAAUAUGGUGUUGGUGAGUAUCUUGAUUCAGAACCCACUAUUGCAGACAACCCAUAUGUGGUUCCAGAUGCUCCAACGAAUCCUGAGGUGACAGCUAUCACUAAAGAUUCAAUGUUUGUUAUGUGGCAAGUGCCUAAGAGUGAUGGUGGGACUCCCAUCACCAACUACAAUAUUGAAAGGAAAGAUAAAAUAGGUCUCCGCUGGGUCAAAUGCAACAAGAGGAAGGUCAAAGAUCUACAAGUUAAGGCAACAGGCCUUAUUGUCGGACAUGAAUAUAAAUUCAGAAUAAUUGCUGAGAAUCUUUCCGGAGUGAGUGCACCAAGUGCCUCGAGUCCAUUCUACAAGGCAACUGAUGCACUGUACGCGCCAGGUGCCCCAUGCAACCCCAGAAUCGUGGACACAUCCAAGUCCUCCAUUACUGUCGCCUGGAACAAGCCUGUCUAUGAUGGUGGCUCUGACAUCACUGGCUACAUUGUGGAGACCUGCAUCCCAUCUGAAAAGGAGGAAGAGGGGGAAUGGACCAUUGUGACACCUAAAGAAGUACUCCUUGCCACCUCAUUCACCAUUAUUAACCUGAAGGAGAACCAAGAGUACAAGAUUAACAUCUCUGCUGUCAACAGUGAAGGAGUUGGAGAGGCAGCAUCUGUACCUGGCAAUGCUAAGGCAGAGGACAGGCUCCUUCCACCUGAGAUUGAUUUGGAUGCUGAGCUUCGCAAGGUUGUCAGUCUUAGAGCUUGCUGCUCACUUAGACUGUUUGUGCCUAUCAGAGGCCGUCCAGCUCCUCAGGCUAAAUGGACCAAAGGUGAUAGUGAGCGUGUUGAGAGGGCAACCAUUGACAGCACAACAUCAUAUACGUCACUUGUAAUUGAAAAUGUCAACAGAUUUGACAGUGGAAAGUACAAUCUUACAGUUGAAAAUGACUCUGGCUCCAAGACAGUUACAGUCCAGGUCAGGGUGCUUGACACACCAAGUGCCCCGCAAAAUCUGAAGAUUACUGCUGUUACAAAUGAAGCUGUCACUCUGACUUGGGAUCCACCAGCGAAUGAUGGAGGAGUUAAGAUUAAGAACUAUAUUGUUGAAAAACGUGAGUCCACAAGGAAAGCAUAUGCCACAGUCAGUGCUAACUGCCAUCACACCACCUUUACAGUAGACCACCUCUUGGAAGGAUGCAACUAUUACUUCAGAGUUUUGGCUGAGAAUGAAUAUGGCAUUGGCCUGCCUAUUGAGUCUGGUGAAUCAGUUAAGGUGUCUGAGAAACCACAGCCACCUGGCAAAGUCACACUUAAGGAUGUUACCAAGAGCAGUGUCACCCUUUCCUGGGAGAAGCCAGUGCAUGAUGGUGGCAGCAGAGUGGGUUGUUAUGUUGUUGAGAUCCAGCCUAAGGGUGUUGAUAAGUGGAGCCAGUCUGUGAUUGUAAAGGAAACAGAAGCUACUAUAAAAGGACUCAAUGCAGGUGAAGAAUACAUGUUCCGUGUAGCAGCAAGAAAUGAGAAAGGAACAAGUGACCCACGUCAAAUUGGUGUGCCUGUGAUCGUGAAAGAUCUUGUGAUUGCACCUACAGCCAAAAUGUUGUUCAACACAUUCAGUGUGUUAGCAGGAGAAAACCUGACAGUUGAGGUCCCAUAUGUCGCACGUCCCAAAGCAGCUGUCUCCUGGAUAAAAGAUGGUGAGCCUCUGAAGAGAACUACAAGAGUGAACUUUAGUGGAACAGACACAAUGCUGAAACUCAUCUUAAAAGAGACUACUAGAGAUGAUGUUGGACAGUACCUUAUUACUUUAAGCAACACAGCGGGAGAGACAACAGCAGACAUUGGCAUUGUUGUACUUGACAAACCGGGUCAGUCGGGUGGUCCAGUUAAGGUGGAGGAGGUCACUUCUGACAGUGUAAGCAUCUCUUGGAAUCGACCAGAAUAUGAUGGUGGUUGCACGAUCAAAAACUACAUUGUGGAAAAGAGAGACUCAUCCACAACUACCUGGAUGGUUGUAUCUCCUAACCUUGCAAGGACCAAAAUCAAGGUAGGCAGGUUGAAGACAGGCUCUGAGUAUCAGUUUAGAAUCACAGCAGAAAACAGAUAUGGAAAAGGCCCGGCCCUUCUCUCAGAGUGUAUUGUGGCUCAAUACCCAUUCAAGCUCCCGGGACCCCCAGGAACUCCAUCCAUUGCAGUCUGCACCAAGGACAGCAUGACGGUGGCCUGGAAUGAACCUAUAAAUGAUGGUGGAAGCACUGUCUUGGGCUACCAUCUUGAACGCAAAGAGAGAAACAGCAUCCUUUGGGUAAAACUUAACAAGUCUCUUAUUACUGACCAAACCUUCAAGACCAAUGAUCUGGAAUCAGGAAUGGAGUAUGAAUACAGAGUUUAUGCUGAAAACAUUGUCGGAACAGGCAAAGUGAGCAAAGUGUCUGAGGGACGUAUUGCUAGAGAUCCUUGUGAUCCCCCUGGCACCCCAGAGGCAACAAAGAUUGCUAAGGACUCCAUGACCAUAGUUUGGACCAAGCCUGAAUAUGAUGGUGGUGCAAAGGUUACAGGCUACAUUGUGGAAAAGAAGGACCUUCCUGAAGGUCGUUGGGUGAAGGCUAACUUCACCAACGUCAUUGAGACUGAAUAUGUUGCAACUGGACUCGUGCAGGAGAAUCAGUAUGAGUUCCGUGUCAUUGCCAGAAAUGCUGCUGGUGUUUUCAGUAUGCCUUCUUAUAGCACCGGUCCUAUUACUGCCAGGGAUGAGAUUGAACCACCAAGCCUCAGCAUAGACCCAGAGUAUACCCAGACUGUUGUGGUUAAUGCUGGAGACAACUUCAAGAUUGAUGCUGAUGUUCGUGGAAAACCAUUGCCCUCUAUCCACUGGAUGAUGGGAGAGCAGGAACUUGGCAACACUAUUCAUAGAGAAAUUAAGAACACACCUAUCACAGCUUAUAUAUCUGUCAAGGAAGCUAAACUUACCGAUGGAGGACAAUACACUCUGCUGCUGAAAAAUCCAGGAGGGGAAAAGGUUGUGCAAGUCAAUGUUGUUGUUCUAGAUAAACCUGGAGAACCACAGGGACCUCUUGUUGUUACAGGAAUAACCAAAGACCGAUGCUGCCUUGCAUGGAAAGCACCACUGCAAGAUGGUGGCAGCAAGAUCUCUCACUACAUUGUAAAGAGGAGAGAGACAAGUAGACUUGUCUGGACUGUUGUCGACUCAAAAGUGGAGACGACUUAUUUAAAGAUUACUAAGCUCCUGGAAGGAAAUGAGUACAUCUUCAGAGUCCAUGCUGUCAACCACUUUGGAGUGGGAGCACCACUCGAGUCUGCUGCUGCCAUAAUUAAUGAUCCAUAUGCGGCCCCUGGAACACCCAAGAGCUUGGAAGUUUCAGAUAUUAAAAAGGAUUCAAUGGUGCUGACCUGGGAGGCUCCUUCUGAAGAUGGAGGCAGUCCUAUCACUGGAUACGUAAUUGAGAAACAUGACAAAGAAGGUGUAAGAUGGACCAGAUGCAACAGGAAAACAGUUACUGACUUGACUUUCAAGGUCACAGGACUUUUGGAAAGCCAUAGUUACGAAUUUAGAGUUGCAGCUGAGAAUUCUGUAGGCGUUGGUGAGCCAAGCUCUGCAACUGUAUACUUCAAAGCUCUUGAUCCCAUCUUCAGGCCUGGCCCACCACACAAUCCCAGAGUAACUGACACAGCUAAAACAUCUGUAUUCCUGUCAUGGGGCAAGCCCACCUGUGAUGGAGGUUGUGAGAUUCAGGGAUACAUUGUUGAGUGCUGCACUACCACAGAGCCAGCUGUGCCAGCUGAGGUCCCAGCUGCAGAGGCAGCUACCACAGAUGUCCCUGCCGAGGAAUGGGCAAUGUGCACACCACCAGCAGGUGUCAAGAAGACCAAGUUUGAAGUUGUGAACCUGAAGGAAAACCAGGCAUACAAGUUUAGAAUAUGUGCUAUUAACAAAGUUGGAGUUGGUGAGCAUGCUGAUGUCUCUGGAGCUGUUGUUGCACAGGACAGGGCAGAAGAGCCAGACCUUGACAUUGACCCAGAACUGAGAAAGAUUGUGACCAUUAAAGCUGGAGCUUCCCUUAGACUGUUUAUUCCCAUCAAAGGAAGGCCCACUCCUACUAUCAAGUGGGACAAAGAUGAAGCGGCACUUAAAGAGACAGCUCAGGUCGAGGUGACCAGCAGUUACUCAUCCCUUGUAAUUGACAAGAUGAGCAGAAAUGACAGUGGAAAAUACACCAUCACUGCAGAGAACGCCAGUGGAACCAAAUCUGCAUAUGUUGUCGUUCGUGUUCUAGACACACCUAGUGCUCCUGUUAAUUUGAAAGUGAAAGAAAUUACAAACCAGUCGGUGACACUUGUAUGGGAGCCACCUCUGCUAGAUGGCGGGUCCAAGAUCAAGAACUACGUUAUUGAAAAGAGAGAAAGCACACGCAAAACAUAUGCUGCUGUUGUAACAAAUUGUCAUGCUCUUUCGUGGAAGAUCGAGCCGCUCCAGGAGGGUUGUAGUUACUACUUCAGAGUCCUUGCUGAGAAUGAACAUGGUGUUGGCCUGCCUGCAGCAACUAUAGAUCCUCUUAAGGUCUCAGAGGUGCCCCAGUCUCCAAAGAACUUGAUUGUUACAGAUCAAACCAAAACAAGCAUCUCUCUGGCCUGGGAGAAGCCUGAGUAUGAUGGUGGUAGCAGAGUCCUGCAGUACCUGCUCGAGGUGCAGCUUAAGGGCCAGGAAAAGUGGAACGGUGUUAACACAUUUAAGACAAUGGAGACUACCGUUACCAAACUGAACCCAGGAGAGGAGUAUCUGUUUAGAGUUACAGCAAUCAAUGAUAAGGGAAAGAGUGACCCCAAAGUCCUUUCUGGUCCAGUGAUGACCAAGAACUUAGUCUUUGAGCCUGAUAUUCGACCAGCAUUCAGCAGCUACAGUGUCAAAGUAGGCAAAGACCUGAGCGUUGACAUUCCCUUCUUUGGACGACCUCAACCAAAAGUCUCAUGGAGUAAGGAUGGAGCUCCUUUGAAGUUCACAACCAGAGUUAACAUUCUCAACUCACCAACACAUACAACACUGAGCAUUAAGGAGGCAGCCGGUGAUGAUGGUGGAAUGUACAGUAUAAAUGUUGCUAACUCAGUCGGAAAGAAGGACACAACUGUUGAAAUCAUUGUACUUGACAAGCCUGGCCCUCCAUCUGGCCCUGUGAGGUUCGAUGAAAUCACAACACAGAGUGUCACUCUUUCAUGGGAUCCACCAAAGCACAAUGGUGGCUGCCAGAUUUCAAACUAUGUUGUACAGAAGAGAGAUACUACUUCAACAACAUGGGAAAAUGUCAGCAUCAACUAUGCAAGAACCACACUCAAAGUGCCUAGACUGAAGACUGGAUCAGAGUACCAGUUUAGGAUCAUUGCUCAGAACCGCUAUGGUAAGAGUCAUGGUCUGGAUUCCUCUGCUGUGGUUGCUAAGUACCCAUACAGAGAGCCAGGUCCACCAGGCACACCCUUCAUCUCUUCUCUAUCUCGGGACCACCAAAUUGUUGAGUGGCACGAGCCUGUCGCAGAUGGAGGCAGCCCUGUCCUUGGCUACCAUCUUGAAAGGAAAGAGAGGAAUAGUAUUCUCUGGGUCAAGAUAAACAAGACACUUAUUCAUGAUCCUACUUUCAAGAGUUACCCCUUGGAGGAGGGUAUUGAGUAUGAAUACAGGGUUUAUGCUGAAAAUAUUGUUGGCAUUGGCAGGUGCAGUAAGGUCUCUGAGGGCUGUGUUGCCCGUGACCCAUGUGAUUCUCCUGGCACACCAGAGGCCAUCCAUGUGACAAAAGAUACCCUUAUCAUCCAAUGGACUAAACCAGAGUAUGAUGGUGGCAGUAAUAUCACUGGCUAUACCGUGGAAAGGCGUGAUCUGCCAGAGGGCAGGUGGGUAAGGGCGAACUUCACUAAUGUGAUUGAGACCAAGUUCACUGUCACUGGUCUCACUGAAAAUGCACAGUAUGACUUUAGAGUCAUUGCUAAAAAUGCUGUUGGCACAGUCAGUAAACCAUCCUACAACAGUGGACCAAUCACUGUAAGUGAUGAGAUGGAGGCACCCAAAUUCUCCAUUGACCCCGAAUUCACCAAGACCAUUAUCAUCAACGCCGGAGAGACCUUCAAGCUAGACGCGGAUGUCCAUGGCAAGCCGCUCCCUACAAUCCAGUGGUUCAAGGGUGAAAAACCAAUCGAGAAUACACUCAGACUAGAGAUAAAGAACACAGAAAACCAUGCAAUGAUUGUCGUUAAGGACUCUGUUAGAAUUGAUGGUGGAGUUUACACGCUCCAGCUAACAAAUGGCGCUGGCAGUGAAACUGUUCCAUUCAAGGUUGUGGUCCUGGACAGGCCCAGCCAAUGUGAAGGACCCCUCCAUAUCGCUGGAGUAGCUGAAGAUAGAUGCACACUGGCAUGGCGUGCCCCUCUACAUGAUGGAGGUAGUCCUAUUAAACACUACUUCAUCGAGAGAAGAGAGACUAGCCGUCUAGCUUGGACUGUUGUUUCUAACAGCUGUGAAACCACAUGCUACAAAAUCACCAAAUUACUGGAAGGCAAUGAGUAUAUGUUCCGUGUCAUGGCGGUUAACAGUUAUGGCGUCAGUGAGCCACUGGAGUCUAGCGGAGUGAUUAUGAAGACUCCAUUUGUUCCUCCUGGUCAACCUCACAUUGAGGAAGUAUCCAACAUUGCUCAUGAUGGCAUGACCAUCACUUGGUCAGCCCCUGAGAUAGAAGGUGGCAGUGAGAUUACCAAUUACAUAAUUGAAAAGAAGGACAGACAAGGAAUCAAAUGGACCAGAUGCAACCGACAGAAAGUCACUGAUCUCUCUUUCAGAGUUACAGGCUUAACCACCGGCCAUGAAUAUGAGUUCAGACUGGCUGCUGAGAAUGUAGUUGGAGCAGGAGAGCCAAGCCUUCCAAGUUCAUACUACAAGGCCAGUGAUCCCAAGUACAAACCUGGUGCACCAGCAUAUAUGAACGUGAUUGACUCCACAAAGAGUUCUAUUACAGUCUCAUGGGGUAAGCCUCUGUCUGAUGGUGGCAGUGGCAUUCAAGGAUACAUUGUUGAAGUCUGCAAGGCUGAAGAGGAGGAAUGGACCAUGGUUACUCCCCCCACUGGCCUGCGUGUCAACAAAUAUGAAAUCACCAAACUUACAGAGGGUCAAGAUUACAAGAUCCAGGUGUUUGCUCUGAACAAACUGGGAGUUGGUGAGCCAGCAGCUCUUUCUGGAACAGCUAAGCCAGAGGAAAGGGUGGACCCACCACUGAUCCAGCUCGACUCUGAGCUGAGGAAGGGCAUCAUUGUGAAAGCUGGCGGAUCUGUUAGAAUCCAUAUUCCAUUCAAGGGCAGGCCAACACCUGAGAUUAAGUGGACUAAGGAUGAGGGAGACAUGACUGAAAAAGCGGUGGUUGAGAAAUCUCUCAACUUCACACAGUUGUCAAUUGACUCAUGUGAUAGGAAUGAAUCAGGAAAAUACAACCUGAGCCUGACAAAUAGCAGUGGGUCUGUGUCUGAGCUUGUUGUUGUUAAAGUCCUGGAUACACCCAGCGCCCCACUGAAACUUCUUGUUCAAGAAAUCAAAAAGGACUCUGUCACUCUUGUAUGGGAUGCCCCACUGAUUGAUGGAGGUUCCAAAAUCAAGAACUAUGUGAUCGACAAACGUGAAUCAACCAGAAAGGCAUAUGCAAAUGUGUCCACAAAAUGCACCACGACAACAUUCAAAGUUGAGAACUUGAUUGAAGGUGCUAUGUACUACUUCAGAGUCAUGGCUGAGAAUGAUUAUGGAAUCGGCCAGGCUGUUGAAACAAAGGCGGCUUUCAAGGCCUCCGAGGUACCACUUCCUGUUGGAAAAGUCUCCAUCACUGAUGUCAGCAAAGCCACUGUCUCACUGGCCUGGGAGAAACCUGAGCAUGAUGGAGGCAGUAGAAUUGGUGGCUACCUAAUUGAGAUGCAACCCAAGGGUACAGAUAAGUGGGGAGUUGCAACAAAUACAAAGACAUGCGAAGGCACUGUCACAGGACUCACAUCAGGUGCAGAAUACCUAUUCCGUAUCAUUGCUUACAAUGAGAAGGGAAAGAGUGAGCCAAAUGUACUUGCUGCACCCGUUGUUGCAAGUGACAUGACCAUGGAGCCUAGCAUUAAGAUGCAAUUCAAUACCUACAGUGUAUUAGCUGGAAAAGACUUGAAAUUGGAGUUCCCUCUGCUUGGGAGGCCCAAACCUAAAGUUGCCUGGACAAAGGAUGGUCAGUCUUUGAAGGUGACAUCUAGAGUCAAUGUGGUAAACACACCAACAACAACUGGAAUUAAAAUUACUGAGGCAUGCAAGGACGACUUUGGCAAAUAUUCCAUUACAGCAACCAAUAAUGUCAGCACGAUCACUGAGGAUGUGUCUGUCAUUAUCCUUGACAAGCCUGGUCCACCAAAAGGUCCAGUGAACGUUAUUGAAGUGAGCAACACCUUUGUCCAUCUCUCUUGGGAGCCGCCAGAGUACAUGGGUGGAUGCCAGGUAAAGAGCUAUGUAGUGGAGAAGAGAGACACCACCACCCAAGCAUGGCAGUCAGUCACCACACAGCAUGCUAGAACAGCUCUCAAGGUCACCAAGCUAAAGACCGGUGCAGAAUACCAGUUCAGAAUCAUAGCUGAAAACAGAUAUGGAAAGGGUGCGUCUCUGGAGUCCAAGUCCAUUGUUGUUCAAUAUCCAUACAAACCACCAGGGCCUCCAGGAACACCAUUUGUAAAAUCUGCAACAAAGGAAAUGAUGAUCAUUGAGUGGAAUGAGCCAGUCAAUGAUGGUGGAAGUUCAGUAAUUGGGUACCAUCUAGAAAGCAAGGAGAGAAGCAGCAUCAUGUGGAACAAACUGAGCAAGACUCUUAUCACUGAUACUCAGUUCAAGAUCUGUAAUCUUGAGGAGGGUAUUGGAUAUGAAUUCAGAGUCUAUGGUGAAAAUAUUGUUGGCAUUGGCAGAUGCAGUAAAGUGUCUGAGUCCUUUGUUGCUCGUGACCCAUGUGAUCCUCCUGGUGCUCCUGAAGCUAUAACUAUUUCUAAGACCCUAAUCAAGAUUCAGUGGACCAAGCCUCAGUAUGAUGGUGGCAGCAAAGUAAAUGGAUAUAUUGUGGAAAGGAAAGACCUUUCCUCCCCUGAUGGGCGCUGGGUAAGAGCUAAUUUCACAAAUAUAAUUGAGACCGAGUAUACCGUCACUGGCCUGACAGAGAAUGAGCAAUAUGAAUUCAGAGUUAUUGCAAGAAAUGCAGCUGGAGUCUUCAGCGAGCCAUCCGACAGCUCUGGACCUAUUACUGCUACUGAUGAAAUUGAACCACCAAGGGCCUCAAUGGAUCCCAAAUACAAGGAUGUCAUUGUGGUCAAUGCUGGAGAACACUUGCUUAUUGAUGCAGACAUAUAUGGCAAACCAAUUCCUGAUAUUGUCUGGCUAAAAGAGGGCAAGGAAAUGGACAAAGCCCUUCGCAUUGAAGUGAAAACUACACAGAAACGGGCAGCUAUUACCAUCAAGGAUGUAACCAAGCUUGACAGUGGCCACUAUGACUUCGUUCUCAAAAAUCUGGGUGGUACAAAAACCUUACCUAUUACUGUCAAAGUCCUUGAUAAACCAGGUCCACCCCCUGGAACCAUGACAGUGACAGGAAUCAUGGCUGACAGGUGCACACUUGCCUGGUCUGAACCAACUCUGGAUGGUGGGGCUAGUAUCACUCACUAUGUCUUGGAGAAGAGAGAGACUAGCAGGUUGUCUUGGACAGUUGCUGCACCAAAUAUCAAGGGUCUGUUCUAUAAACUAAAAAAUUUGCUCCCUGGAAAUGAAUACAUUUUCAGAGUCAAGGCAGUCAACAAAUAUGGUGUUGGCGAUUGUCUUGAGAGUGAACCCAUUAUUGCACGCAAUCCUUACAAGCCACCUAGUGCUCCUGGAACACCAGAAGGAAGUCAGAUCACAAAGGACUCUUUGGUUUUGACAUGGACUGCUCCAGAACAGACUGGUGGAGCUAACAUUGAAUGCUAUCACCUUGAAAAACGAGACAAAGAUAGUGUAAGGUGGACAAAAUGCAACAGACAAAAGCUGACUGACAACCACUUCAAGGUCACAGGUCUGAUGACGGACCACUUCUAUGAGUUCCGUGUUGCUGCAGAGAAUGAGGCUGGAAUGGGAGACCUUAGUGAGUUGUCCCUACUUUACAGAGCGUGUGAUGCCAUAACACCACCUGGACCUCCACACCAUCCUAAGGUGACAGACUACACAAAUUGUUCUGUGUCUCUGUCCUGGGGCAAACCUGACUUUGAUGGUGGUGCCUACAUAAAGGGCUACAUUGUUGAAAUGAGGGAGUAUACACUAGUGCUUGAAUCAACAGAGGAGGCAGAAGUAGCACCAACAGUAGAGGCACCGGUUGAAAAAGAAUGGACCAUGUGCACUCCACCAACUGGCACACAAGCAACUAAACUCACUAUCACUGAUGUGAAAGAGGGUGGAGAGUACCAGUUCCGUGUCUGUGCCAUCAACUCUGAGGGAGUGGGGGAGGCUGCUAAUGUCCACAGCACUGUGGUAACUUCUGACCGGGUAGAAGCACCAGAGAUCGAGCUGGACGCUGAUCUCAGAAAGGUGGUAUCUGUCCGUGCAGGUGGAACUCUACGUCUGUUUGUCGCCAUCAGAGGAAGACCUGAACCUGCUGUGAAAUGGGAGAAGGUUGAGGGUACUCUCACAGAGCAUGCUGCAAUUGACACCACCAGUUCAUACACCAUGCUUGUCAUUGACAAUGUUAACCGCUUUGACAGUGGCAAAUACUCACUAACACUGGAGAACAGCAGUGGUGAAAAAUCCGCCAUUGUUGCAGUGAGAAUUUUGGAUACACCAAGUGCACCACAAAGCUUUUCAGUGAAGGAGCUCAAGAAGGAUUCUGUGACUCUUGCCUGGGAUACCCCACUCACUGAUGGUGGCUCUAAAAUCACAAACUACAUUGUAGAGAAGAGAGAGUCUGUCAGGAAGGCCUAUACUACUGUCACUAGCAACUGCUUGGCCAACUCAUUCAAGAUUGAAGAGUUACCUGAAGGUGGCAUUUUCUACUUCAGAGUAUGUGCUGUUAAUAAAUAUGGCCAAGGACAGACGGUUGAAACCAAAGAAGUCAAAGUGUCUGAGGUACCGCUGCCACCAAGCAAGGUUAGCCUUGUAGAUUUGACAAAGACCAGCGUGUCACUGGCAUGGGAUAAACCUGUCCAUGAUGGUGGAAGCAAAAUAAUGUGCUACAAUGUAGAAUUCAAGCCUAAGAGUGGAGAUAAAUGGGGCACAGCAUGCACAGUCAAGGUGCCUGAGGCAACCAUUCCUAAUCUGACUCCUAAUGAAGCCUAUUUAUUCAGAGUUGUUGCAAUCAAUGAGAAGGGAAAGAGUGAGCCGAAGGAUCUUGGCUUGCCUGUGGUUGCAAAGGAUGUUGCAAUUGAACCAUCGCUCAAUUUACUGUUUAACACAUACAGUGUAAAGGCUGGAGGCGAUCUCACUCUCGAGGUUCCAGUGAAAGGCAGGCCAAAGCCUGUUGUAUCCUGGAAGAAGGAUGGCCUUCCUUUGAAGCAAACAUCCACUUUGACCAUCCUAAACACUGCUACCUCAUCCAAAAUUAUCAUCAAAGAGGCUUGCAGAGAACAUGUUGGCAAGUAUGAAAUCACUCUGGCAAACACAGGAGGAACCGUCACAACAGAUAUUGGAGUUGUUGUCCUUGAUAAACCCGGUGCUCCUAAAGGUUUUAAGUUAGACUCAGUGACGUCAGACAGCAUUACACUGUCCUGGUCUUCACCAGAUUACGAUGGUGGCUGCUCCAUCAGUAACUAUAUUGUGGAGAAGAGAGACACAAACUCACAAGAAUGGCAGAUGGUAGCAAGUAAUGUUGCUAGAACAUCUUUCAAGGCUGGCCGACUGACACAUGGAUCAGAGUACCAAUUCCGCAUCUAUGCAGUCAACCGUUAUGGAAAGAGUACAUAUCUGGAUACACCAGGAAUCACAGCUCAGUAUAACUUCAAACAGCCUGGACCUCCUUCCACACCUAUCGUGAUGUUGGCCACCAAGUCUUACAUGUUGGUGACUUGGAAUGAGCCCGUUAAUGAUGGUGGUAGUCCUGUUGUGGGCUACCAUCUGGAGAGAAAGGAGCGUUCUAGCAUUAUUUGGACAAAGUUGAACAGAGGAAUGAUCAAAGAUACAGAAUACAAAGUCAAUGGAAUUGAAGAGGGCAUGAUGUAUGAAUACCGCGUCUAUGCUGAAAAUAUUGCUGGUAUCGGUAAAGUUAGCAAGGCCUGUGAAGCUGUAGCAGCCAGAGAUCCAUGCGAUCCUCCCGGCACACCUGUGGUCACUGCUGUUACCAGAACAUCUGUCUCUUUGUCUUGGGAUAAACCAGAGUAUGAUGGUGGAGCCAAUGUUUCUGGCUACACCAUUGAACGCAGAGACCUUCCUGAAGGACGAUGGACAAGGUGCAACUUCACCAAUGUGCCUGAGACCCGUUAUGACGCAACAGGCCUUACAGAGAACAGUCAGUAUGACUUCCGUGUCAUUGCUAAGAAUGCAGCUGGCCUGUACAGUGAUCCGUCUGACACCACUGGACCCAUCACUGUCAAGGCUGAUGUGGAUCCACCACGCAUUAUGAUGGAUGUCAAGUUCAGAGAGACAUUGCUUGUGAAAGCAGGAGAGACUCUGCGGAUUAAUGCAGACCUUGCGGGACGUCCCGCCCCUGUCGUUUCCUGGACCAAGGAUGGCAAAGAGAUUGAGCUGAGAGCCAGAAUCCAGAUUGUUUCAACAGAUACCAGCACUUCUGUCAUUGUGAAGGAUAGCAUCAGAAGAGAUUCUGGACAGUAUGUCCUGACUCUGCAGAAUAUUGGCGGAAAAGUCACCAUGCCAAUAAACUGUUUGAUUCUAGAUAAGCCAGGACCCUCAGCAGGACCUCUGGAGAUCACAUCUCUCACAGCUGAGGCGUGCACUCUGUCAUGGGGUGCUCCUCAGGAGACUGGCGGGGCUGACAUCACACAUUACGUUGUUGAGAAGCGUGAGACUAGCCGCUUGGCAUGGACAGUAGUGGAGGGAGAUGUCACAAACACAUACCUCAGAGUCACAGGACUGCUCAAGGGCAACGAAUACAUCUUCAAGGUUUUGGCUGUCAACAAGCACGGACUUGGUGAGGCUCUGAACAGUGAUGCUGUAAAGAUUACAGAUCCAUACACCUUUGCCACUGCUCCAAAUAGUGUCGAUGUCACUGCCAUAACUGGAGAUUCAAUGACCCUCACCUGGUGCAAGCCAGCCAGCAACGGAGGCAGUCCCAUCACUGGAUAUGUGAUUGAGCGCCGUGAAAAAACAGGCAUGCGCUGGGUCCGUGUGAACAGAGAUCCAGUUGUUGAAUGUACCACAGUAGCCACCAAACUGCGUAAAGGUUGUGAUUAUGACUUCAGAGUCUAUGCUGAAAAUGCCGCUGGUCUGAGUCCUCCAAGUGAACAAUCUGCAUCAUUCAGAGCAGCAGAUGCUCUGGUUGUAUCUUCUCGCCCAACAAAGCCAAAGACUGUCAGUUCAACCAAGGAUAGUGUAUCCAUUGUCUGGAAAUCACCAAGAGAUGAUGGCGGUGCUCACAUCCUUGGAUACAGUGUAGAAUACAGAGAGUACGUCCGUAAACCAGAGCAACCAGAGGUUGAGGAGGAAGAGGAAGAAUAUGAGGAGGAUGAGGAAGAGGAGGUACCUGAAUCACCUGAGGAACUGGCAAGAUGGGUUGAAGCUAUCCCUCUUACCAAGAGCUUGGAGUUCACAAUUACCGGACUAAAGACAGAUGCAGAAUAUGAAUUCUGUGUCAAGGCCAUAAACAAAGUUGGCAGCAGUGUGCGUAGCCCAUAUUCAGAUGCAGCUACAGCAAUGGACAGAACUGCGGAGCCAUCAUUUGACGUUGACAUUGAGAUGCGUAAAGUACUUGUUGUCAAGAACGGCACAGCAUUUACUCUCAAUGUACCAUUUAAGGGCAAACCUGUGCCAUCAGUGGCAUGGGCCAAGGAGGGCGUUGAUCUGAAGGUCAGAGGAACCAUUGAAUCAACAGAAUCCAGCACUUCACUGACCCUUGAGAAGUCAACUAGAAAUGACUCUGGAGAGUACUGUGUCACCAUUGAAUCCCCAUUGGGAACAACAACAUUGCCCAUAGUGGUCAAGGUGCUCGACUCUCCUGGCCCUCCGGUCAAUGUUAAAGUGCCAGCAGUCACCAGGGAUUCUGCUACCCUUACAUGGGAAGCUCCAGAGAACGAUGGUGGUGACGCAGUAAAGGCCUACCAUGUUGAAAAACGUGAGGCCAGUAAGAAGGCCUGGGUGUCUGUGACCAGCAACUGCCACGCACUCACUUACAAGGUGGGAGACUUGCAGGAGGGAGCCAUGUAUUACUUCAGAGUUAUUGGAGAGAAUGAACAUGGAGUGGGUGUCCCUCAGGAGGCCAAGGCUGGAACAAAGAUUACAGAGGUACCAAGUGUACCCAUGAAACUGGGAGUUGCAAAUGUUACCAAGGACAGCGUUACGAUCGCCUGGAUGAGGCCAGAGUAUGAUGGCGGUAGCAGGGUCACUGGAUACCUUAUCGAUGCUCUGGAGAAGGGACAGACCAAGUGGGUGAAGUGCGCCACCGUGAGGACGAUGACCCACACCAUCAAGAGCCUGAGGGAGUGUGCCGAGUACUACUUCAGAGUCCGGGCCGAGAACCACGCCGGCCUCAGUGAACCCAAGGAGAUGAUUGUACCCAUCAUCGUCAAGGAAAUACACGAGGCUCCAGAGUUCGACCUGAAGAACUACCCUAAGAAUACAGUUUAUGUGAGAUCAGGAGCCAACCUAACCUUCGAGAUUCCUCUGACCGGCCGGCCCACGCCGAAGGUGACCAUGUCCAGAAACAACGUAGUCAUCAAGGGAUCCAAGAGGCUGCUGACAGAAGUCACUCCGGACAGUUUGAUCAUCACUCUGAACGAAAGCACUGCAAGCGACGCCGGCAAAUACGAAGUCACCGCCUCAAACGUGGGAGGCACCACCAAGAUCUCCAUCAUCUUCGUAGUGCUGGACCGACCCGGACCUGCCAUCGGUCCGGUGGAGAUCGGAGAGAUUGGAGAGACCACGGUGUGCCUGAAGUGGACGUGUCCAGAGUACGACGGUGGCAGUCCGGUCACCAACUACAUCGUUCUGAAGCGUCAGACCAGCACUCCCAACUGGGCCGAGGUGUCCACCAACAUCGCCAGAAGCUCCAUCAAGGCCACCAAGCUGACCAAGGGAGAGGAGUACCAGUUCAGGAUCAAGUCAGAGAACCGCUACGGGGUCAGCGACCACAUCGACAGCAAGCCCGUCAUGAUAAAGCUACCGUACACCGUCCCUGGACCUCCGUCCACGCCAUGGUUCAGCUAUGUGUCCAGAGAGAGCCUGACGGUGUGCUGGAAUGAGCCGGUGAACGACGGAGGAAACUCUGUGAUCGGAUAUCAUGUCCAGAUGAAGGAACGGAGCAGCAUCCUCUGGCAGAAGGUCAACAAGACAGCCAUCUCAGGAAACCAGUGGCGCGUCACCAACAUCUGCCCCGGUCUCAUCUAUGAGUUCAAGGUGGCCGCAGAAAAUGCUGCCGGCAUUGGAAAGAUGAGCAAGACCUCUGAAGAAGUGCUCGCUAUUGAUGCCUGCGAGCCCCCAGCCAAUGUCCACAUCUCAGAGGUGACCAAGAACUCGGUGAGCUUGGCGUGGCAGCGGCCUCCGUAUGACGGGGGCAGCAAGAUCACGGGCUACAGCGUGGAGCGGAGGGAGGCUCCCAGCGGCAGAUGGGUGAAGGCCAACUUCACGAACAUCAUCGAGAUGGGCUUCACCGUCUCUGGGCUGAACCAGGAUGAGUCCUACGAGUUCAGAGUUUACGCCAAGAAUGCCGUUGGCUCUGUCAGCAACCCGUCACUCAUCGCUGGCCCGGUCACCUGUGUCGACGCCUGCGGCUCCCCGGCCAUCGACCUUCCUCCAGAGUAUCUGGAUGUGGUUCAGUACAAAGCUGGAUCUUCUGUUAAGCUCUGCGUGGGAAUCCUGGCCAAGCCUCUGCCCAGCAUCGAGUGGUUGAAGGACGGGAAGGAGCUUGUGCCGACUUCCACGCUGUCCAUCGAGAGCACCACGGACUCCUCUGCGGUCCUGAUCAAAGACGCCUCGCGCUGCAACACCGGCUCGUACGAAGUCAAGAUCAGGAACGUUCUGGGCUCAGCGUCUGCAACCAUCAGGAUCCAAAUCCUGGACAAACCCGGACCUCCAGCCGGCAUCAUUAACUUCAACUCUGUCACGGCGGACAGGAUGGUAUUCAGCUGGGAGCCUGUGCCCGAGUCAGACCAGGGCGGUUUCACAGUGACCCACUACAUCGUGGAGCGGCGUGAGACCAGCCGAGUGGUAUGGUCCACAGUUUCAGACCACCACGAGAAAACUCAUGUCACCAUCGGCAAGCUGAUGCGUGGAAACGAGUAUGUGUUCCGUGUGAUGGGAGUGAAUAAGUUCGGAGUCGGACAGCCACUGGUGUCGGAGCCUGUCAUCGCCAAGAACGCCUUCGUAACUCCUGGGCAGCCUCAUACUCCCGAGGUGAAUACCAUCACCAAGUCCACCAUGGUGGUAGAAUGGAACAAACCAGGAGUAGACGGAGGUAGCGCUGUGACAGGAUACUACCUGGAGAGGCGCGACAAGAAGAGCCUGCGCUGGAUCAGAGUUUACAAAGACCCGAUCGCGGACAUCAAGAAGGACGUGUACCAUCUGACUGAAGGAAACGAGUACCAAUAUCGUGUGUGUGCAAUUAACAAGGCCGGAGAGGGGCCGUUCUCCGAAGUGUCCGACUACUACAAGGCUGCUGACCCUGUUGAUACACCAGAUGAGCCUUGCAAGCUGAAGUUGGUGGACUCCACCAAGACGUCCAUCACAUUGGGCUGGUCCAAGCCCGAGUGGGACGGAGGCAGCGAGGUGAUCAGCUACAUGUUGGAGAAGCUUGUUGAAGGAGAAGAAGAGUGGGCUAUGAUUACCUCCAAGGGCGAGGUUAAGACCACUGAAUACACAGUUCACGACUUAAAACCAGACGUCAACUACUUCUUCAGAGUCUCUGCUGUCAACUGUGCUGGCCGUGGAGAGCCUCUGGAGAUGACUGAGCCUGUGCAAGCUAAGGAUAUCCUGGAGGAGGCUCAGAUUGAUUCCGACGUGGCCAUGAGAACUCAUUACAUCGUGAAGGCCGGUAAGGACGUGGAGCUGUCUGUUCCUCUGAAGGGCCGUCCAGCUCCUACUGCCUCCUGGAGUAAAGGAGAGGAAUGCAUCGAUCGUGACCCCAAAUACGAGUUCCAUCACUCAGACACCACCACCGUGCUUGUGAUGCGUGAGGUGACCAGGCUUGACACCGGGAAGUACACGGUGAAGAUAGAGAACGGUGUGGGACAGCCAAAGACGCUGACUCUCUCCGUGAAGGUCCAGGAUACUCCAGCUCAGUGCAGAAACCUGGUCCUGAAGUACGUGACGCGGGGGAAGGUCGCUCUCUGCUGGGAGCCUCCGCUCCUCGACGGCGGCGCUGAGAUCACAAACUACAUUGUUGAGAAGAGGGACUCUUCCAAGAGAUCCUACUCAGCAGUGACAAACAAAUGCACAGAAACAACAUACUCUAUGGAAGACCUCUCCGAGAAGACGUCCUUCUUCUUCCGUGUGUUAGCAGAGAAUGAGAAUGGCGUUGGUGAUCCGUGUGAGACUCUGGAGCCUGUGAAGGCCACAGAGACUCCGGGCCCGGUCAAGGAGGUUUCUAUGAAGGAUUCGUCCAAGACCUCUGUCACUCUGCAGUGGCUGAAGCCCGAUUAUGAUGGCGGCAGCAUCAUCUCCGACUACGUCAUUGAGAAUAAGCUCAAGGAUGAGGACUGGUCAUUGGGAGGAACCAGCAAGCAGUGUGAGUUUGAGGUAAAGAAACUCAAGGAGCACUCAAACGUGUCAUUCAGAGUGGCCGCCAGGAAUGAGAAGGGACAGGGCGACUUUGUUGAGAUGGGUCCUAUUAAGGUCAUCGACUACAUUAUCACACCUGAGGCGAGCCUUGCAGAGUAUCCAGACGGCCGCAUCAGUGUUCGUCUGGGUCACAAUGUGCACAUUGAGCUGCCAUACAAAGGUAAACCAAAACCAGCCAUACUGUGGCUGAAGGACAGCCUGCCUCUGAAGGAGAGCGACCAGAUCCGCUUCAAGAAGACAGAAAACAAAGCCACAUUGAUGAUUAAGAACGUGAAGAAGGAGAACGAGGGUAAAUACACCCUGACCCUUGACAACAAGGUCAACAGGAGAUCCUUCCACAUCCACGUCAUCACACUUGGACCGCCAUCAAAGCCCGUUGGACCCAUCCGCCUGGAUGAAGUGAGAGCUGAGAGCAUCAUGAUUUCCUGGGAAGAACCCAACGACGAUGGCGGUGGAGACAUCGCCUGCUACACCAUCGAGAAGCGUGACACCUCCCAGUCUAACUGGAAGAUGGCCUGCUCCAGUGUACAGGAUACUCAGUUCAAGAUCUCCAACCUGAUCAAGGGCAUCCAGUACCAGUUCAGAGUGUGUGCCGAGAACAGAUACGGUGUCAGCGAGCCUCUCGUCUCACAGAUGGUCAUAGCCAAGCACCAGUUCAGGCCUCCAGGACCAACGGGCAAGCCUGUGGUGUACAAUGUCACCAACGAUGGCAUGACCAUCCAGUGGGAGCAACCCAUCUAUGACGGAGGUACCCCCAUCCAGGGCUUCCACGUGGAAAAGAGGGAGAAGAACAGCAUCAUGUGGCAGAAGGUGAACACUGUGCUGGUAAAAGAGACAGACUACAGGAUCCUGGGGCUCAUUGAAGGCCUUGAGUACUCCUUCAGAGUCUACGCCCAGAACGAUGCCGGCUGCAGCCGAAUGAGUGACGAGAGCAAGCUGAACAUGGCUGUCAGCCCUGUUGAUCCUCCUGGCCAACCUGACUACACGGAUGUGACUAGUGACUCGGUGACUCUGAAAUGGGAUGCACCCAAACGUGACGGUGGCAGUAAGAUUACCAGCUACAACCUUGAGAAACGACAAGGCCACAGCCGCUGGUUCAAGGCCAACCUGACUGAUGUUCACGACUGCCAGUACACAGUCACCGGCCUGGCAACAAACGAGCGCUAUGAGUUCAGAGUGACGGCCAGAAAUGCCAUUGGUGUCGUCAGUCCUCCCUCCAACUCCUCCGGAAUGAUUGUGGUCAGAAGUGAGAAUGCUGCUCCAAUUAUUGAGUUUGGCCCGGAGUACUUUGAGGGUUUGACAGUAAAGGCAGGAGACAACAUCCGGCUGAAGGCGAGCAUCACCGGACGCCCUGUUCCUAAAGUGGUCUGGUACAGAGACGGUGCGGUGGUUACCAAACAGAUGAUGGACAUCAUCAACGUCGUUGGAUCCAGCACGCUGUUUGUCAGGGACGCUGAUCGUACACAUCGCGGCCUCUUCACAGUGGAGGCUACCAACGGAUCUGGAAGCAGAAAGCAGGACAUCCUUGUUCAAGUCCAAGACACCCCUGGCGAGCCGGUGGGACCCAUCACUUUCAGCAACAUCUCCGAAGGGAAGUGUACUCUGUCCUGGAGCGCACCAGAGAACGACGGCUGCUCAGAGAUUUCACACUUCAUCAUUGAGAAGCGUGAAACUGCCAAGAUCUCUUGGGCAUUGGUGUCUGACGAGUGCACCGAGUGCACUUUCCAUGCAACCAAGCUCAUCAAGACCAACGAGUACCAGUUCAGGGUCUCUGCUGUCAACAAGUUUGGACUGGGAAGACCUUUGGAGUCCAGCCCCGUCAUCGCACAAAUGCAAUAUACUGCUCCUGAAGCUCCUGGUACUCCUGAUGCUAUUGAGGUGUCAGGAGAGAGCAUCACGUUGUCCUGGACUCCUCCAACGUCUGACGGAGGAAACCCCAUCCAGUGUUACGUCCUGGAGAAACGAGAAAAGAAGACUGUCCGUUUCUACAAGGUGAUCACCAAGAAGCCCAUCGCCGAAUGCGCUCACAAGGUGCUCCACCUGACGGUGGAUGUGGAGUACGAGUUCCGUGUCAUGGCUGUGAACGAUGCUGGCGUCGGAGCUCCGAGCAACAUGUCCUUACCGAUCAAAGCCGCAGAGCCGAAGGAUAUUCCCUGUGCUCCAUCUGUGGUUUGCGUGUCCGACUCCACCAGCACCUCCAUCAGCCUGGAGUGGUCCCGGCCUGCGGACGACGGCGGCAUGGAGAUCCUGGGCUACAUCAUUGAGAUGGCGAAGGGAGAAGAGGACGAAUGGACGAGAGUAAAUGAGGAGCUUGUGGCAGAGACAAACUACACAGCGACUUCUCUAAAGACGGGCGCGGAGUACAGGUUCAGAGUAGCAGCGGCCAAUCACGUGGGCCGAGGCGAAGAUCGGGAGAUCCCAGAACCUGCUCUGGCUGUCGACAGGCAAACGCCACCGCAGGUGGACAUCGAUGCCUCCUUCAGGCAGACACACAUCGUCAAGCCUGGAGGUUCAGUGAGCCUGGGUGUCCACUUCAGAGGAAAGCCAGUCCCGACUGCUUCCUGGGUGAAAGAAGAAGGAGAGCUGGCUGCCAUGUCAGAGGUCACAAGUACAGACGGCUUCAGCUCUCUGAACAUUGAAAACUGCUCCAGAAACGAUACCGGCAAGUACACGGUUAACCUGGAGAACGCCAGUGGCAGCAAGGCCCUCACAUUCACUGUGAAAGUGAUGGACACGCCCGGACCUCCACAGGCUGUGGCCCUCAAGGAGGUCUCCAGAGGCUCUGUCACACUAAUCUGGGAGCCUCCUCUCAAUGACGGCGGAGCGCGGAUCCAUCAUUAUGUUGUCGAGAGGCGCGAGGCUAGCCGCCGCACCUGGCAGCAGUCUGGAGGCAAGUGCACGCAACACAUCCUGAAGAUCCAGGACCUUCUGGAGGGAGUGCCGUACUUCUUCAGGGUCUCAGCAGAGAACCAGCACGGCGUGGGUGAGGCGUUUGAGAUAACCAAGCCCAUCAUCGCCACAGCCGAGCCGGCGUCUCCGAAGAGGAUGGACAUCCUGGACACCACGGACAGUUCCGUGCUGCUGGGCUGGCUUAAACCAGAGCACGAUGGCGGCAGCCGCAUCCAGGGUUACAUCAUCGAGGCGAAGCCAAAGGGAACGGAAAAAUGGAUGGUGGUCGGCAACACCACAAAUCUCACCUAUUCGGUUGAGAAGCUCAACAAGGGUGAUGAGUACGACUUCCGUGUAAAGGCUAAGAACGAGUCCGGCUACAGCACGGCGAGAGAAACUCUGGUGGCCGCGCUGGUGAAGGAGCCACACAUUGAACCUGCCGCCGACCUCAGAGAGAUCACCAACCAGCUCAUCACAUGCCGCUCAGGGAAGACCUUCACCAUCGAUGUCCCCUUCAGUGGUAGACCUGUUCCUAAGGUCACCUGGAAGCUGGAGGAGAUGAAGCUAAAGAACUCCGACAGAGUCUCUAUCGUAACAACAAAGAACAGGAGCAGCAUCUCGGUGAAGGAAGCCAUGAGAGGAGACGGCGGUAAAUACUUCCUGACCCUGGAGAACGUGGCAGGAACCAGGACCUUCACUAUUGAAGUGAAUGUCAUGGGCAGACCCAGUCCUCCAACAGGACCCGUGGAGAUCUCAUCCAUCACCUCAGAGUCCUGCGUCAUCACCUGGCAGCCACCGGAGGACGACGGUGGAACGCAGAUCACUAACUACAUCGUGGAAAAGCGCGAGUCUGGCUCCACCGCCUGGCAGCUCAUCAACUCCAGCGUGAAGCGCACAUCUCUGGAUGUCAGCCACCUCACCAAGUACAUGCAGUACACGUUCAGAGUCUCUGCGGAGAAUAGGUUCGGUGUCAGCAAGCACACAGAAUCUGAGACCAUUGUCGCAGAGCAUCCUUUCACCCCUCCCGGCGCUCCAACAAGGCCUUCACUUUUCAACGUCACCGCUAACACGAUGACCCUGAAGUGGGAGGAGCCGUACAACGACGGCGGCAGCAAAGUGACAGGCUACUGGAUCGAGAAGAAGGAGAGGAACAACAUCCUGUGGGUGAGGGAGAACAAGAUCCCCUGCUUUGAAUGCUACAGUAAAAUGGAGGGCCUGGUUGAAGGCCUGGAGUACCAGUUCAGGGUCUACGCCAUGAACAGUGCCGGGCUGAGCAAAGCCAGCGAGGCCUCCAAGGGAGCAGUCGCUCAAAACCCAGUUGAUGCUCCAAGUAAGCCAGAAGUCACAAAUGUUACCAGAACCACCGUGUCCCUCAAAUGGUCCGCUCCGCUGAACGAUGGCGGCAGUCCCAUCGUGGGCUACAUCAUUGAGCGCAAGCCGUACACGUUGACCGGCGAGGGCCGCUGGCUGAAGUGUAACUAUACUAAUGUGAUCGAAACUGUGUACACCGUGACAGCGCUGGGAGAGGGCGAGCCCUACGAGUUCAGAGUUGUCGCCAAGAACGCCAACCAGGUGUUCAGCCUGCCCUCAGAGUCCACCGGCUCGGUGCAGUGCAAGACCGACUUUGAGCCUCCAAAGGCGCAGCUGGACAGUAAACUCCUGUCUGAGAUGGUGAGAGUGAGGGCGGGUUCAGACCUUGUUCUGGACGCUGCAGUGGGAGGCCGGCCGGACCCCAAGGCUUCCUGGUCAAAGGGUACCAGGGAUCUGGAGCUGUGUGAGAAAUACCACCUGCAGUACACCCCCACCCGGGCCAUGGCCAUCAUCAAGUUCUGUGACAGAGAUGACACCGGAAAGUACACGCUGACCGUCAGGAACGUGAGCGGCACCAAGACCGCUGAGGUCAACGUGAAAGUGCUCGACACCCCUGGAGUUUGUGAAGGCAGUAUUGAGAUCAGUAAGAUCACGGAGGAGUCGUGCUCCCUGAGCUGGAAUCCUCCUCUGGAGGAUGGCGGCGACGACGUGUCCCACUUCAUCGUGGAAAGGCGUGACACCAACAGACUCAACUGGGUCAUAAUGCACGCUGAGUGCAAGGAGCAGACAUGCAACAUCACCGGGCUCUUUAAGAACACAGAGUACCUGUUCAGAGUCCGCAGUGCUAACAAGUAUGGAGCCGGAGUCCACUUGCAGUCAGAGCCCAUGGUGGCCAGAAACACGUUCACCGUGCCGACUCCUCCUGGUGUUCCGGAGAUCCUUGCGUCAGGAAAGGACUUCGCCACUAUUGAGUGGCUGAAGCCGGAGAGCGAUGGCGGCAGCCCGCUGAUCCACUACCUGGUGGAGAGGCAUGAGAGGAAGAGUGCCCGCUGGGUGAAGGUGAACAGGGACGGAGCUCACUUGGACUCCAUGCUGAAGGUGUGCGGCCUGACCGAAGGAAACAUCUACCAGUUCAGAGUGACGGCUAUCAACAAGGCGGGCGAGAGCGAAGCCAGCGAGGUCUCGCUCUACGUCGUGUGCAGAGUACCGACAUGCACCCCUGCUCCACCCUCUAUCCCCCGUAUUGCCGACACCCAUGCCGACAGCAUCAGCCUGGCCUGGUCGCGGCCCGUGGAUGACGGAGGAGCAGACGUGAUGGGCUACAUCCUGGAGAUGCAGGAAGCUGGAGCAGAGGAGUGGAAGAAGGCCCACGAGAAGGCGCUGCGUACUGCAGAGCUGCUGGUGACGGGACUCUCUGCAGGGAAGAAGUACUGCUUCAGAGUUGCAGGCACCAACAUCAACGGCACCGGAGACUUCAGUGAACCGUGUGCGGAGACGGAGCCGGUGGAAAGACUCGAAAGUCCUGACUUUGAACUCCACGAUGACCUGAAGAAGACCAUCUGCCUGCGCGCCGGUGGAUCCCUCCGCCUGUUCGUGAGCGUCACUGGUCGCCCUGCUCCCGCCAUCACUUGGAGCAAGCCUGGCGUGGACCUCCACAACAGAGGCUUCAUCGAUAUCAGCAGCACAUCCACCACGCUCAUCAUCGACAGGGUCCACCGCUACGAUGCCGGAAAGUACACGCUGGUAGCCGAGAACUCUGCGGGUAAACAGGAAGUCAACAUCCUGGUCAAGGUCUAUGAUACUCCCGGACCAACUGGUGCAAUCAAGAUCAAGGAGCUGACCAAAGACUCUGCCACCAUUUCCUGGGAGGCCCCGUCUGUGGAUGGCGGUGCUCCCGUCAACAACUACAUUAUCGAGAGGCGAGAGGCGUCCAUGAGAGCCUACAAGACCGUCACCUCCAAGUGCAUCAAGACGUCGUACAAGAUCGACGGCCUGAUGGAAGGCAUGCUGUACUACUUCAGAGUCCUCCCUGAGAACAUCUACGGUAUCGGCGAGCCCUGCGAGAUUCCGGACAUCAUCCUGGUGUGCGAGGUGCCACUGCCGCCGCACAAGCUGGAGAUGAUCGAUGUCACCAAGAGCACCGUGACCCUGGGCUGGGAGAAGCCCGAGCACGACGGUGGCAGCCGACUGACAGGAUACGCCAUCGAGGCUUGCAAGUUUGGCACCGACAAAUGGAUGAAGGUGGCCACGCUGAAGACCACGGACUUCGAGCACACCAUCGAGAAGCUGAAUGAGAGCGAGCAGUACUUGUUCAGAAUCAAAGCCAUUAACAGCAGAGGAGCCAGCGAGCCCAAAGAGCUGCUUACUGCCAUCACUGUGCAGGAACAGAGAGUGAUGCCCGUGGUGGACUUCUCCAGUAUUCCGCAGAAGGUAGUGAAUGUCCUUGCCGGUAAGACUCUGGAGCUGGACCUGCCGCUUGUCGGCCGGCCUCCUCCCGUCUGCUCCUGGUACUUCAGAGACAACAAGAUGAAAAACACAGACCGCGUCAAGAUCAAGAGCACCGGCAAGUUCUCCAAACUGACCAUGUCCGAAUGCACCAUCGACGACUCCGGAGACUACUCACUGGAGGUGAAGAACACAGUUGGAGUCAUCACAGAGGUCGUCAAGGUCAUCAUCCUCUCUAAACCCGAUGAGCCUCAAGGCCCCAUCAGGUUCGAUGAGGUAGACGCGACCACCGUCAGCUGCAGCUGGGACCUCCCCCUCAGAGAUGGUGGCGCGCCUAUCAGCGGCUACGCGGUGGAGCAGCGUGAUGCUCACCGGCCCGGCUGGGUGCCUGUCUGCGACUCCGUCAGCCGACCUACCUUCAAGUUUGAGAACCUGAUCGAGGGAGACGAGUACGUCUUCCGAGCGGCCGCCAUCAACCGCUACGGCACCGGAGACUUCCUGCAGUCGGAGAUCAUCACCUGCAAGAGCUUGAAGAACGUGCCUGGACCUCCGGGCCGUCCCACUAUCUUUGAUGUUUCCCGUGACGGUAUGACCGUGGCGUGGAACCCGCCGGAAGAAGACGGCGGCCUUGAGGUUUCUGGAUACAUCAUUGAGCGCAAAGAGGUCCGCUCGGACAGAUGGGUGCGCGCCAACAAGAAUCCCAUCACCAUGACAAGGUACAGGUCCACGGAGCUGAUCGAGGGCCUGGAGUACGAACACAGGAUCACCGCCAUCAACACACGAGGACAGAGCAAACCCAGCCUGCUGUCCAAACCAGCGACGGCCACAGAUCCCAUCGAUCCACCCGGCUGUCCUCAAAACCCAAGGAUCACCGAUACCACCAAAUCCUCCGUGUCGCUGGCGUGGAGUCCCCCCGACGAUGAGGGCGACGCCCGAGUGGACGGUUACCUGAUAGAGAUGCAAAAGGUGGGCGCCAUGGCCUGGAUCAAGUGCAACACCACGCCGUCUCUAAUCUGCGAGUACACGCUCACCAAGAUGCCUCAAGGAGAGGAGUUCAAGUUCCGCGUGAUGGCCUGCAACGCUGGCGGCUCCGGAGAGCCCGCCGAGGUGCCGGGAACCGUCUCUGUGAUGGAGAUGCUCGAAUCUCCGGACUACGACCUGGAGCUGAAAUACAAAGAUGUGUACGUGGUUCGCCACGGAGGCGUGGUCAGACUCUCUGUGCCCAUCAAGGGAAAACCUCAGCCGGCCUGCACGUGGUCCAAGGACAUGGGAGCAGUCUCCACCAAGGCCAUGAUCGCCUCCACGGAGGACGCCAGCGAGCUGGUGAUCAAGGGCGCAGAGAGAAGCGACUCCGGCGUGUACGACCUGCUGCUGGAGAACGUGGUGGGUAAGAAGAAGGCCCAGAUCAAGGUGAAGGUCAUCGGGCGCCCGAGUGCUCCCGAGGGGCCACUGCUGUUCGAGGAGAUCCAGGCCAACUCUGUCAAGGUGUCGUGGAAGACGUCCAUGGACGACGGCGGCUCAGAGAUACUGGGUUACAUUGUAGAGAGACGUGAGGCGGCCAGAAAUGCCUGGUACACCGUAGAUUCCAGAGUGACCGACUCUCACCUGCUGGUGAAGGGCCUGAAGGAGGGAACAGAGUACCACUUCAAGGUGACCGCCGAAAACUCUUUCGGCAUCAGUGCCUCUCUGAAGUCCGAGCAGCCUGUGGUGCCCAAAACCCGUCUCUGUGCUCCGGAGCCUUCCAGCACCCCCCCAGAGAUCAUGGACUUCACCAAGAACUCCGUGGCGUUGGCCUGGUCCAGACCGAAGGACGACGGCGGCUCCGCCAUCACUGGGUACUUUGUUGAGUACAAGAUGGUGUCCGCUGAGACGUGGACACGCCACACAACAUCUAUCAGCUCCACCAUGUUCACGCUGCCCGGACUCAGCCCCGACGCUGAAUACCAGUUCCGCAUUGUUGUUGUCAACGGCAUCGGAGAGAGCAAGGCUGGCCCGGUGUCUGACCCCAUUACAUGCAAGGAUCCAUUUGACAAGCCAAGUCAACCCGGCGAGAUUGACACGGUGAACGUGGCGAAGAACUCCAUCACUAUCCGCUGGCAAGCCCCAGAGUGCGACGGUGGGAAGGAGGUGCUGGGCUACUGGGUGGAGUACAGGAAGUCGAUCGAGAGUAGCUGGAAGAAGUCCAACAAGCAGAGGCUAAAGGAGAAAGAGUUCACGGCGCCCGGCCUGGCCGAGGCCACCGAGUACGAGUUCAGAGUGUUUGCUGAGAACGAGACGGGCAUGAGCCGACCACGCAGGACCGCCACGUGCAUCAAGACCAAGCUGAGCGUUGAAACUAAACCAGGCCUGAGAAAGGAAAUGGAUGAAGUGACAGCCAAGCUCGGCCAGCCCGGCGUCAUGAAGUGCCAGAUUAUCGGCAGACCCGUCCCCGACAUUAAGUGGUACCACGCCGGCAAGGAGGUCGUCGAGUCUCGCAAGUACGAGAUGAGCUCUGAUGGUCGCAACCACUCGCUGUCCAUCACCACAGACCAGCAGGAGGACGAGGGCGAGUACACCUGCAAGGCCAUCAACGAUGCCGGAGAGGCGGAGACCACCGGCACUCUGGUGCUGGAGGCCGCCGCGUCCUUCCACCCAGACUACCAGCUGAAAGAAACCUACUACGCCGGCCUGGGAUCCACCCUGCGCAUCCACGCUGUCUACAUUGGUCGCCCUGAGCCAAAGAUCAUGUGGCUGCACGGGGCCAAGACCCUGGAGAACACAGAGGACAUCAGCAUCGAGACCACGGAGCACUACACGCACCUGGUAAUCAAGAACGUGCAGCGCAGGAUCCACGGAGGCAAAUACAGGAUCAGACUGCACAACCACUUCGGCCGGGCGGACACCGCCUUCAAUGUGGAGAUCUAUGACAAACCCGAGAUCCCUCAUGGCCCCAUCGUGCUGGAGGCGCUGCUAAAAAACUCGGUCAUCAUCAGCUGGAAGGCUCCCGCAGAUGACGGCGGCUGCAUGAUCACUAACUACAUCGUGGAGAAGCGUGAGGACAAGGAGGGCGUUGAGUGGGAGCUGGUGUCCUCCUCCAUCAAUGGCUUAUCCUGCCGCGUACCCAACCUCAUCGACAGUGCUGGGUACUUCUUCCGGGUGUACGCCCAGAACCGCUAUGGCAACAGCGAACCACUGGAGCUCACUGCCCCCAUCCUCAUCAAGAGCCAGCUGGAGAAACCAUCACCGCCUCUGUUGCCGGUUGUUUCUGGCAUCACCAAAGACUCCUGCUUGGUUUCCUGGAAGCCUCCUGUCAGCGACGGCGGCUCCAAGAUCAAGAGCUACUGCCUUGAGAAGAAGCACAAGAAGGAUAAGAAGGAAUGGAGCGACUGGACUCCGGUGACCACGGAUGAGAUCAAGCAGACCGUGUUCUCUGUCAAACGACUGGCCGAGGGUGUUGAGUGCAUCUUCCGCGUGAAGUGCGAGAACCUGGGAGGACAGAGCGACUACAGCGAGGAGACGGCUCCUAUCGUGCCGGCCAUCUCCGUGGAGAUCCGUGCUCCCGCCUUCAAGGAGGAGCUGAGGAACAUGAGCAUCAAGCACAAGAGCAACGCCACUCUUGUGUGCAAAAUCACAGGGCAGCCCAAGCCUGUGACCAAGUGGUUCAGACGAGGAAAGGAGAUCCACUCCGACGGAAAGAAGAUCAAGAUCCAGGAGUUCAAGGGAGGGUACCACCAGCUGGUCAUCACCGAGGCGGACGAGGAGGACUCCACUGUGUACCAGAUCAGGGCCACCAACCAGGGAGGCUCCAUCUGCGCCACAGUGUCUCUGGAUGUUGAAAUUCCUGCCAAGAUCCACCUGCCAAAGAACCUGAAGGACAAGGAAGCCAUCCCCGCCCUGCGCGGAGAAGUGGUCAAUAUCAAGAUUCCUUUCAGUGGCAAACCAGAUCCUGUCAUCACGUGGCAGAAGGGACAAGAUCUUAUUGACAGCAAUGGCCACUACCAGGUUAUUGUCACCAGGUCGUUCACCGCGCUGGUGUUCUCCAAUGGGGUGGAGAAGAAGGAUGCUGGUUUCUACAUCGUGUGUGCCAAGAACAGGUUUGGCAUCGACCAGCAGACAGUCGAGUUGGAUGUAGCUGAUGUUCCCGAUCCUCCACGUGGAGUCAAAGCCAGCGACAUCUCCAGGGACUCGGUCACACUGAACUGGGUGGCCCCAGCCAAUGACGGAGGCAGCAGGGUCAUCAGCUAUAUCAUUGAGAAGUGUCCCACCACUGCUGAGAGGUGGGAGCGCGUUGUCCAGUCCCGUGACACACACUACACCGUUAUCAAUCUUUUCGGAGGAACCAGCUAUCAGUUCAGAGUCAUCGCUGAGAACAAAUUCGGACAGAGUGCUCCAUCCGAGACCAGCGGACCAGUCAUGACCAAAGAGGACAAAUCAAGAGUCCUGCUGUAUGACCGGGAGGUGGACGAUACUGGACAUGUUCCCAGGGGCAAGACUCACUCCGAUGCCAAGAAUAUGCACAACAAAUACGCCAUUGCAGAGGAAUUGGGCAGAGGUCAGUUUGGCAUUGUCCACCGUUGCGUCAGCAUGAGCUCUGAGAAGACCUACAUGGCUAAAUUCUGCAAGGUGAGAGGCGCCGAUCAAGCAAUCGUCAAGAAGGAAAUUGCAACACUGAAUCUGGCCAAACAUACCAACUUCCUUCUCCUUCAAGAGUCUUUCGACAGUCCAGAGGAGCUGGUGAUGAUCUACGACUUUAUCUCUGGCGUUGACAUCUUUGAGCGCCUCAGCACAGCCGAGUUUGAGCUCAAUGAGCGGGAGAUUGUCAACUACAUCAGGCAGAUCUGCUCAGCUCUGGAGUUCCUGCAUGCGGAGAGCUACGGCCACUUUGACAUCAGACCGGAAAACAUUGUGUACACAACUAGAACUAGCUCUAAUGUGAAAAUCAUUGAGAUGGGCCAGUCCAGGCACCUGACUCCUGGAGACCAAAUUAAGGUCCAGUACACCACUGCAGAGUAUGCUGCCCCUGAGAUCCACCAAUGUGACAUGGUCAGCUCCGUCACUGACAUGUGGGCGGUGGGUGUCCUUGCCUACAUUCUCCUCAGUGGACUGAAUCCAUUCACAGCUGAAACCCACCAGCAGAUGAUUGACAACAUCUCCAACGCAGCCUACAGCUACGAUGACGAGUCUUUCAAGCAGGUCAGCGUUGAGGCGUUAGACUUCACAGACCGCCUGAUGACAAAGGAACGUAAGCAUCGUAUGUCUGCAGCGGAGGCUCUGGUGCAUCCUUGGCUGACCAAGCCUGAAGAGGAAAUCAGUACCAAAGCGAUGCAAACCAGCAGGCACAAGAGAUACUACCAGACGAUGGUGAAGAAAGAGUGGAAAACGGUUGUCUCUGCAGCCCGUGUAGCUAGCGGCGGUUCCAUCAGAUCCCAGCGGGGCGUCUUUGUCUCCAAGAUGAAGAUAGCUCCGUUUGAACACGGCCCUGUUGGAGGCCAAAUCGGCCAUGCGGUGGUGAACGAGGGAGGUAAUGUGAAGUUCACCUGCAACAUUGAAAACUACGACAGCACUACUGAAGUCACAUGGUACUGUGGCGUCAGGCAACUUGAAGCUGGUGACAAAUAUGAAAUUGAGUAUGAGGACGGCCUGGCUGUAAUCACCGUCAACAAGGUCACAAGAGCCGAUGACGGCACUUAUAGAUGCAAGGUUGUGAAUGAGUACGGUGAAGACAGCGCAUACGGAGAGCUGUUUAUCAACGGCGUUAGAUCUUACCGCGAAUUCUUCACCACCCGUGUGGUGAAGAAGACAAAGCGCAGAGUCGACACUGCCAGGAUGCUCCAGAAACCUCCGGAGUUCACUCUUCCUCUGGUCAACCGUACAGCCUACAUUGGUGAGGACUUACGCUUAAGCGUCACCAUCACAGUUCACCCUGAGCCUCGGGUCAUCUGGCACAAAUCCGGACAGAAGCUCAUCCCUGGACAAGAUGACAAGAAAUACACCUUCAUCAGCGACAAGGGCCUGUACCAGCUGAUUAUCCACAAAAUUGAGAAUGAGGAUGAUGCAGAGUACAGCGUCGUGGCCCGUAACAGGUAUGGUGACGACAGCUGCAAGGCUCGUCUCACCGCUGUUCCUCGCCCUAAACCAGCAGACCUUACCCUGAGGCCCAUGUUCAAACGCCUGCUCGCUAACACCGAGUGCCGGGAGGGCCAGAACGUACGCUUUGAAAUUAGAGUAUCCGGACAUCCCACACUGAAGUGGGAGAAGGAUGGCAUGCCUUUAGCCUUUGGACCGUCUAUCGAGGUGGUCCAUGAGGGUCUGGAUUACUUCAUCCUUCACGUGAAAGACACUCUCACUGAGGACUCUGGUGUGUACAGAGUCACUGCUACCAACUCUGCUGGAUCUGCCAGCUGCCAGGCCACGCUCAAAGUGGAACGGGUCACUCAUGUGAAGAAGGAAUAUGAGAUGAGUGAAAGAGAGAAGAAAAAGAUGGCUGGAAAGGUGGAAAUGGAGAAAAAGGUGAGGUUGUCUCAGAUUUUAUCUGAUACUGUAUUCAUACCUCUGCCACCUGCGGCAGUGCAAGCUGUCAGGGAGGCAGCCACCAUGUUCAAGCCUGCUGUGACGACGAAGAAGGGCGAAAAGACUGAGGCGGAGAUACAGAAAGAAAAAGAGGAGAGGAAGAAGCGUGCGGAUGAGAAGAGGCUGCGUAUGCCGUACGACGUGCCCGCUCCCCGUGUCAUUAACCCAGCUGCUCUUGAGGAGGACGUGGAAAUAAAACACUUCAAGCCGCUCUCUGACAUGAAGUGGUACAAGAAGCUGCGGGAUCAGUAUGAGUUCCCUGAGCCUAUGGAUAAAAUCAAGCAGAAGAGGAUGAAGCGUAUCCGCCUCUCCAGGUGGGAGCAGUUCUAUGAGGUGCCUAUCAGGAUCAAGGACCAGUAUAAGCCCAAGUGGCGCAUCUCCAUGACUCAGGACGACUUGGAGACUGUAAGACCUGCAAGGCAGCGCACUCCUUCCCCUGAAAUGGAGGCCUACCACCGGAUCAGGAGGAGGUCCCUGGGCGACCUGUCCGACGAGGAGCUCCUGCUGCCUGUGAAUGAGUACCUGUCGAUGAAGAGAACUGAGGAGGAGAGGCUUCGUCUGGAGGAAGAGCUAGAGCUUGGUUACUCUGCUUCUCCCCUGAGCCUCAGCCCGGUGCGCUUCGAGCUGUCGGCCCUGCGUCCCUCGUCUCCCAGAAGACUCUACAGCGAUGUUGAAGAGGGAGAAGAAGUUCGCAGAUACGACUCCUACAGAAUUCCAUCUAAAUACGAGGCUGGCCCUAGUUUUGUUGAGCUUCGCCAGCGUCACGACAAAGCCACACACAAACCUCCGAGACAGAAGCAGAGGGUGUAUGAAGAGAGAGAAGAUCAGGAGCUGCUGCGCCCACACAUUACUGCUCAGUGGUUGUCCACCUACAAGAGUGAGCUCAAGCGCAUGGAGUUUGAGGAGAAAACUCGCACAUUUAAGAAGGAAUCAACUGUCACUGUUACAACCGUCUCUCAGGGUAUUGAAUCUGAGCACCUGACUGCUUUUACCUCAGAAUAUACCCCCAAACCAAUCAAGAAGCUCCAUGUGCCUGAGCCCGAGAUGAGGACAACUCGUGCCUCAGAUAGUGCUGCCAAGUCUGACAUGACUUUUCCCAAAGUCGACUUUGCCUCCAGGUAUGAGGAGAGAAAGCAGGCUCUGAGAUCGGAGAGGAGAUCAGUGGAGAGGAUGCAUGAGGUGGUGACACAGGCUCCCUUCAGUCUCGACCACAGCCCACGUAUAACCAUUAGGAUGCGAUCUCACCGCGUACCCUACGGCUCCAACACAAGAUUCACCCUGAACAUCCAGGCCAGACCCGAGCCGGAGGUCAAGUGGUUCCACAACGGGAAAGAGAUUCGUCAGACGGGCAAAUACCACAUGACCAACAUCAGUGGAGUUCUGACUCUCAAGAUCAACAACUGUGUGACUGAAGAUGCUGGCACGUACCGCGUGGUCUGCACCAACGCCAAAGGAGAGACUUCUGACUACGCAACAUUGGAUGUGGCAGGAGAAGAAUACGCUGCUUUCUCUUCGUUCCGCAGAGAUGAGGAGCCUCCAUCCUCCCAUCUGCCAGAAAUGACCAGGACAGAGGAGUAUCACAUGUCCUCCUCGAAGACCACAGUGAAAGAAAGUGUGACUAAGAAAGAGACCACCACUGUUGUUGUUGAGAAGCGAAGGGAGAAGCCGAGUGUUGCUGCCAAGAUCCUGAACAAACCUCAUUCCCUGACUGUAGAGGAGGGAGCCCUCGCCAGGUUUGAGUGUGAUGUGGACGGCGAACCAGCGCCUUCUAUCGCCUGGUUGCGCGAAGGAAAAGUUGUUGGCUCCUCUUUCCGCCACCACAUCGUCUCUACUCAGUUCAGCUCCUCCUUUGAGAUCUCUGCUGUGGAGACAUCGGACGAAGGCAACUACACUCUGCAGGUGGAAAAUGCUAGAGGCAAACAAGAGGCCCAUUUCACUCUGACCAUCCGCAAGUCUGAGUCCAAGGAGAAAGUAGUGGCCAGAAUCACCUCCCCUGAGGCUAAGUCCCCCGAACCAGUCAAAUCCCCUCACAGAGUCAAGUCCCCGGAGCCAAUCAAGUCACCUCAGAGAGUCAAGUCUCCAGUCUCACCAAAGUCCCCAACACCAAAGUCCCCGACUCCAUCCGAGAAGGAACAUGGGACUUCUCUUGGAAAGAAGCCGUCCUUCUCCGUGGGGCUGAGCAACGUCUCUGCAAUGUCUGACUCCAUGGUCAAGCUCUCAGUGAAGAUGGCCAGAGAGCCUAAACCUGCAAUCUCAUGGACGAAGGAUGGAAAGGCUCUGUCUCAGGGUGGGAGGUUUGAAAUCUUUGAGGAAUACGGCUCAGUUUAUCUUGAGAUCUAUGAGAUGGAGGUCUCUGACAGCGGCGUGUACAAGUGCACUGCUACCAACGCCGCUGGAGUAAUGUCCACAUCCUGCACCGUCACUGUGCGAGGCUCCAGCGUGCCUCACAUCCUGGAACAGCCGCGCUCCCAGACUGUGAUCGAGGGACAGAAAGUUAAUUUCACAUGUGAAAUCUCAGGAGAGCCUUCCCCUGACGUGGAGUGGUUGAAAGACAACAUGACUAUUUCUGUCACAGCCAACAUUGGACUGAGCUGCUCUGGCUCUGUGUACUCUCUGGAGAUCUGUGAAGCCACAGCUGCAGACAGUGGGAAAUACACCAUAAAAGCCAGAAACCAGUUUGGACAAUGCUCUGCAGCAUCCGCCCUCAUUGUCCUCAGUGCUCCGCCAAAGAUCGAAGCUCUUCCGCAGAACAUCAGCGCUGAGCCGGGGAAGUCCCUGUCUGUGGCGGGGGAGUUCUCCGGAGACCCCGCCCCCUCCGUCCAAUGGGUGCGCUCGGGUCGGACGCUCCCCAAAGGGAACGAGCGGUGCAGCGUGGAGACCGCCGACCUGUCCACCACGGUGAUCUCUGCGGUGAAGAAGGCGGACAGCGGGGCGUACACGCUGUGGCUGUGCAAUGAGCUCGGCUCCGACUCCACAACCGCCAACGUUCACAUCCGGUCCAUGUAAAAAAAAAAAAGUUAAUUUAUAUCCCUGCUUCCCUCUUCCAGAACCUUUUUGUUUAGUGAAUUAUAAACGAUAAUCUUACGUGAGAAAGAUCUGGAUUUCUGUUCUUGUAAAUAUGAACUAUUUUUGUACCAAACUUGACAUUAAUUUAUGCCAAACUAGACUCAAGUCUAACGUUGUUAUAAAAUGUGCCAUAUUGGACAAUUAUGACUUAGGAUUUUUGAACCACUUUUCUGUGACAUGUACAUAAUGUAUAUAGCCGAAUUGAACGGUUAUGGGAAAUGUAUGCAUUGUUAUUUAUGACAAUAUGAACUGAAACAAAAGAACAAACGUUUUCACAGGAGAAAGUUUCCUCAGGAACGAAUACCCUGUCAAAGCGAGAAACUAAACUCUGCGCCUCAACGAUAAGUUGAAGUCUUUAAGAUUGCCUCAACAGGUAGAGAGGCUCCCUGUUGACGUUCUGAAACAGAAAGACAAAGUUAUUAUUUGGGAUAUUAGUUUCCUAUGAGUUGUACCGUGAGAGUAAGACCCUGAGUGCUGUUUGCAUCACCCUCAUGUAAGCAGCACGACGCGGCCUUGCCCUCAGACCGACUGAGUCGUACGACGUGAUCGGAUGAGCAGCUGAGAGCGAGCGGCCUGUGCUCUCAGCUCAUUUUAUUUAGAGCGCUGCGUCUGCACGGGACGGCCCGACCGAGUGGCUCCUUCAACAUCUCCUGGCCCUUAGUGACAAGGACCCGCCGGCGGCUCUGCCGUGCACACACAGCGCCGUCUCUCGGAGGAUAGCUAGCUAAUGUGUUUGUGUGUGGAGUGCGAGUGUUUGUAGCUUUUAGUUGUUUCACCUGUCAGGAUCAUCCACCGCAGGGACUCCAUCGCCUGUGAGAGGAAAAGAAGUCACGUUUGCCCUGAACUUUGAUUUAUUGAUCUGUUGAACUGUUUCAUCCUCCUUGAGUUGUAUGCAUUUCUGAUUUAAUAAAGCAUGAUUUCAGCACCAUA